CGCCAGCGGAUAGCGAUUGCUUCGCCUCCAGCUGUAGUUCGGCUGCUGUGUCUCGCUGUUCCCGGUCCCGGUGUUGGGCAGGAGAGCUCGGGAGCCGUGCUUGUCGCCUUACUCCCCCAUAGUCACCGUUAUUGUGCUCAGUGUUAUCACUGGGACCGGUACCGGGUCCAUCACAUCUACCGGGCCCGCCGCCUGGUUCCGAGGGAGCAGAGAGCAGUAAGAAGCAGCACCCCGCUCUGUAAGUGUGGGGGGCCCGGCAUGUAUUGGGGGGCACUGGCCUAGCUUCAUAUCUCCAGAGCACACUGUCUAUUGUGACUUAUUCCAUCAUUGACAGACUCUGGAGCCUGGAAACCAUGGGUGGCAGAGCAUCAUGGGAGGUGUAGUUCUCCAGCAGCUGGAGGGCUUGCCUUUUUGUAAAGCAUUCAUGCUGCCUUGUCUUGAGAGCAUUGCAGGGGGGGGGUUAUACACUAAACACCGAUUUAUUUUGUUGGAUUGAAAGUAGAAUUGCAAUAUUUAGGGGGAAAAGCAAAUUAAAAUAAUAAUAAUAAUAAUCUCUAAUUUAGGUUAUUGUAGCCUACAUUUCAAAAAAGCUGGUUUCAGCCUAAUAAAAGUCGGUGUUUGGUGAAAUAUAUUCAUUGGUGUGUCUUAGAGUUAAAGGUAUAACUGCAUCCAUUUAUUUAUUAUGAUUUUUGCUUUGUGCUUAGUCUGUCAUGUUGCAGGUUUGUAACCUAAAAUGUAAGGGAAGAACACUUAUGGUUACAUGAGAGGGUAUGAAUGAUGAGAUUAAUCUUAAUCACCUUGAGGAUUGUCCAUCUGUAUCAUCUCCUGUAAAUAGGAAGCCUGAUACCCAGGUCUUUAUCCUAAUGCUAUCCUCCUUUCAUGUUGCAUGAUCUAGUCUUGUUGGAGGUGGUUUGCACCAAGUCUCCUAUUUAAAUGGAAGGAAUGACAAGAAAUGAGAAAUUGCUUUUUAUUUAGAGAUGAGUUAACAUUGACCUUGAACCCUAUUGUUUUGUGGUCGGUGGGAUCUUUGCUUUGUUGUGGAACCGACACCCCAUCUAUCAUUUAAAACUAUUAUUAUUCAAAGCUACUUAUUUCAUUUUUUUUUUUUUUUAUCUAAUAACGUGUCCUAUAAUUCUGAAUCCUUUUUUUUUUUUUUUUUUUUAUACUUUGCUUAUUGGCUUUGCUUCAUCUAAAUGAUCUAUUUUAAAGGUGUUUUUUCAUUUUUUUUUUUUUUUUCAUAUUCAGAUAAUAGUUUUACUUUUCAUUCACAUGUUACACUGUUGGUAGUUUUAGAAACUUGAAACAUGGCCUCAUGCUACAUUUCAUAGCCAUCCUGGGUAAUUGUCUCCCAUUUAACACUCUCUUUACUUGAGCUGUUUAGUCUGACACUUGCAUGUUUUAACCAUCUUGUGUGACAGCGGAUGCAAAGGGUUGUGUUGCAUGGGAGCUAGCAUGCUCAUGACAUUGAUCUCACGCUGUGGGUAUGAUUACAUGUGUUGAUUAUUAAAGUCUUGGAAUAUCAUUUUUCAGUUAGAGAUUAACCUUUUUGCUGCCAGGAGACUCAAUCACCUUUUCCUGCACAUUUUAUAAAAGACACUUUAACCCCUUAAAUGCCAUGUGUGUAGAUAUCAUAAAUCCAUUCGUUAUAUCUAUACUGUACAUCCUUUUAAGAGAGGGUUAAUAAAGCCUUGCCAUUGUGCAUUCAGUAUCUCCAUUUUCCCAUCUGCGGGACUUUACAUCUGUCUCCCUUGGCAGGAGAACAAGUCUUUGUCAUAGACAUGCUGCUUGGGGACCCUGUUCUUUUGCCUCUUCCUGGACACUCCCCUCCUUAUCCAUGUAAUUUUUUUUUGUUCCCUCCUCCUCUGUAAAAUGGGGGGGCUUCCUCUCCAUUGUUGUAAGCUCCUCUGCACUAGAGACCGAAGUGAACACCAUUUGGGUUUAUUUUCUUAAAUGUUUCGUGUGAUCUUGUGAGCCAGUAUCUAAUUUGUAUUAAAAACUAUCGUUGUAGAAAGAUUACCCUUUAUCUGAGUACUUGUUGCCGUAAGUUCCCAUUGCAUUAUAUGUAAAGAGCAGAUUACAUUGUUGGCCAUGUCAGUGGUAUGCAUGCAAAUAUUUAUUGUGGCAUAGGAUUGUUAAACAUUUUCACAAUGUACUGAAACUUGGUAUCUCAAGUUUUGCAUGAUAAUUCCCAUGAACUGCAGCCAUUCAGUGACUGUGAAUGGGUGGUUGGUGUAACAGUCAAACAGCAUCAGCUGGACAUGUUCACAUUUCUCUCCCCUUGCCACAAAGAGCGUGAGAAGGGGAAAAAAUCUUUGUGAGCUCAUAACUCAGAAUUCUAUUUUGUAUUUCAAGUUUUGACGACUUGGCAGAAAUGGGCAUCUUUAAAGUCUGACUGCCUACCAGAAGCUGAAUCUGCCAUCUAGGUCUUAAAUAUUGUGGUAGAUAUCCAUUUAAAAUACGUUAUCAGGAACAAUAAUAUAUAUAUUUUUUUUUUCUGUUAACUUUUUUUACAAUCUGUCCAUGUCUAUACAAAACACUGUUUAACGUUUAACACGAGACACACAAUACAGUUUUACAUGAACAAUUAGUGCAGCUGCUUUUUGAUUGAAGAUAAACCGUGGCAGAUGUUUUCAGUGACUUAAGACUUGUGGCAGAUUUUGAUAUUUCCUGGCAGGUUCUUUCACGUUUGCAAAGCUUGACUGCAUUAAAGGAACACUGUAAGCACCGUAUCCACUAUAGAACUAGCUAGGAGUACCCUAACAUCCCCCAAAUGUAAGUAGCCAAACUGUUUUUGCUGACAGUUUGACAGCUUACCUGAGGUCCACCAGACACUGGUCACUUCUUCCAUUGAGAGCUAUAAUCUCCUGCAUGGCGCUUCAGUUAGCUGUUCUGAACGAAUUGCGCCAAGCAGUGGUACCCAGCAGAUCAGUGGUGAGUUGUCACUACUUGCAUUGGGGGUGUCUGCAGUGCAAUGUAGGAAUUAUUGUUCUUGGUGUGUACCUUUUUAGAGACAAUUAUAGCAAAAUAACCGCAUUAUACAAGCAGCAAUGCCUAUUAAAAAUUUUGCUGUUGAGUAUUGUACAUAUACUCUAUGGAUAAUUUGAAAAAUAAGCACCACGGCAAACACUUACUCAGCAUUGAGUAUGAGUACUGUUUACAUUGUGGGUUCUACAGUAUUUAUGGCACCAUAACAACUACAGCACACUAGUGGUUGUAGUGCUUGGAGUGUUCCGUUAAAGAGUCCCUCGAUGCACUGUGACAACUUUGCAUUAUUGCAACGUUUGAAGGUGCAUAGAGCCUCCUGAAACCACUCCGGUCUAAGACCGCCUCACAGAGCCCAGAAUUGGUGUUCCUUGCUGCUUAUUUCAGUUUUGUGUGUGGUAUCAGCACCACAUGUUCCUGGCAUUUCCAUUGCUCGUCAAGCACAGAUCAACAUAACUUGAUUCACUAAGCAGUGAACACGACUGUGUAAAUGGAUAGUGGUAUAGCUAUCGGUUUAUUAAACAGUUUUCUUUCAGGGCUCAAAAUUGUUAUUCUUCUCUAGCCAUUGGUGAGUGAAAAUUCAGGUAUUAAAGGGCGCUAUAGACACCCAGAUCACUUCCACUCAUUCUAGUGGUCUGAGUGCAGUGUCCCAGUCCUGCAAUGUAAAUCAUUGCAGUGUCUGAGAUUAUCUAUGGCUUUCAGUGGCGAAUAAUGUUUAAGGCGUUGCUAGUAAUAUGGGACUUCACAUUUUAAGCCCUGGUUCCACUCAUUCCAUAUGGCUAGUGGAAUUGAUCCCACAAUCUUCUGUUGGACACAGAUUUACUAGAUAGGAUCUUUCUCGUCUAUGGGUUGCAAUCUUAUCUUGAUUCUAGAUUUUUUUGUUUUUUGGAGUGGAAGGGAUCUGCCUGUGACUCCACAUCCACUAAACAGGAAUUCUGUUAGGAACGUUAGGUGAACUGUUUAUAGAGUUCCUUAAAAAUAGAUCCACUUUAUACCUGCAAUUUCUUUUUAAUACAGCAUUGCCUCUGUGUACCACAUGGUUUCCCAUAGGAAUGCAUUGAAAACCAAUUAAUCCGUUCCAGAGGUCAGAAAAAAGUCAAAAUGAGCUAGCAUGGAAACCAACCCACAAUGCAGAAAAUGCAGUCAAAGGCAUGCAAAUGAUGAAGCCCAGCUCCCUACGUUUCCACCGCUUGAGAAAUACACCAAAAAGUGAUACCCACAGACUCCAGCAUGCACGGGGGCGGCGCUAUAAACCUCCCAGGUGCAAUGCAUCCUGGGGAAACUUGCUUUGUAUUGCGAAAAAAAUUCGUAAGGCAUUAUUUUAAAUGGACUUUCAUUUGUAUGUUAACCGAGGCGUUUGUAAACGGAGGUACCAUACAGGUUAUUCACUGCCUUCCCUUCCACCCCCUCUUUUGACCAAUAAAUUGUAAAGGGUCUUUGAGCUAUGGACUAAUUUAGUGUUUUAGCUCUAUCUUUGUUUUUGUUUAUAAAUCUUUAUUUUUGUUGUGCAAAAAAUUACAAUCAAGUCUGUACAGCCACAAUAGCGGUAACAAGCAUUAUAUCGUCAGACUUCUUCAUGUCACUUGAAUUAACUGCACUUUUUAUAAAAUGAGACAAUGUAAAUAAAUGCAAAAACAGGAUAGUGUAUGCCUAACAGCAGCGCAAGAACUAGUUGGGCGGUCGAACCUGUUUCGGUGGAGUGGAGCCCAGAGGACUAUUAUGGUAACCUCAGUAUGUUAAAAUAUGUUGGAAGUUACUGUGGUUGGCUUUUAGGCGGGGGUGAAUACUUAGUGACUGAGUACUACAGUGAGUGUUACCAUUUGAGCAGAGUAAUCUGAUGCAAAAAAUAAACAGCUCCACGAUAAUUUGCCUAGUAUGAGAGAGUACAUGAUGGGAGCUGGGGGGGUGGUUGUUACAAAUUAUUUUAAUUUUUUUAAGUGGAGCCAGCGUGAUCUUCCCGGUUUCUGCCUUGUUUGGCCUAAGGUUUAGUGAUUCUUAUGCCAGUAUGAGAGGCAUUAAAAUGUGUUUUUGUUAUACAUGGAACAUGUAACGUUUAACUGAGGGCUACUCCCAACAUAUUAAGAAAUACUAGUAAUAUAGGGUAUAAGCAGGUGCGUCAGGUGGUCUUUGGGCAGCGGGGGUGAAUGGGACUACUUUAGCUGGGUCCCAGGUUAUGGAGGUAGGUGGGGCUGCGCAGCCCAAGGCUGCUAGGACCGUGUCCAUCUCGGCGAUGUCUGCUACUUUGUGCUCGAUGUCUUGAUGUUGAAUGAGGAGUACGUGCGCCGGUCCCCAGCGAUACUUCACUCCCUUGGCUGUUACUGUUAGUGGUUGAAGGUAUUUCCUCCAAAGCAGGGUAGUACGAGAGAGGUCAGUAUAGAAGGACAAGUCCAUGUCUUCAAACGAUAUGGAUUCUUUCCCUUCGUGGCACUCAUAAAGACUGCCUUAUCCUGCCCAUUCUGGAACUUUAUCAGGAGGUCACUGGUAGCUGUACCUGAGGGCAUUGAUGGCUUGGGCAGGUGGAAUAUUCCAUCAAGUUGUGUUCCCUUGGUUUGCCUGGGGGGUAGGAGGGCUGCAAAUAGCCUGUGGAUGAAGUGAGGCAGUUCAGCUGGGGCUAUUCAUUCAGAGAGGCCUCUGAUUUUUCACAUGCUUCCAUUGCCUCUUGUCUUCUAUAGCUAGUUGGUGGUUGAGAGUAAUGUGAGCAGCAGUCAGGUCUUUGACCUGCUUCUGGAGGUCCUGGACCUGUGUUGUUUAUUUUGAGAGGUCUGCUCCACUGCUGUGAGCGAGCGGUGAACCCCCUGACAUACUCCCUCAACCUGGGAUAUCUCAGCAUAGAGCGUUUGCCGGUGUUCUGUGAUGAGUUGGUAAGUAUCUCUGUGGUGACCGGGUGAAAGGAGCUAGCGGUCGGCUGUGAAGGCUUAGGUGGCCCCUUGUACCCUAGAGUGUCAGGGCUGUGUAGGGGAAUUUCUUCCGAGCUGUCCGUGAAGUUGUCGAAGUCUGCCUCCAUGUUGGGUCCGGCUGCGCCAUGCAGUCUCCUGUAUCUGCUGUGAUCCGCAGCCAGUCCGGUCGCGACAUCUUUGGUUUCCUCUCCAUCAGUGUGGGUGCUUUUGACAACAGUCUGUCGGGUCAUGAGUGGCUUGGUAUAGUCGUUUUUAUUGCAGUUUAGUGUUCCAAAGCUGGGAGAGCCGCAAGCAUGUAACUGAUCAUGUUGGGCGCUAGCUCCGCCCCCUCAGCACUGUGUGUGUAUGUAUAUAUAAUCUAACUUUUUUUUUUUAAAUUCUUUAUUUUCAGUUGUGCAUGAGAUAACAGACAAUGCUUAUAGUGUCACGACAAUACUAGCAAGCGGAAUAAGGCAUAGUUGUACAUGACAUUUGAGCUGACUGCACAUUUUUAUGCGUUUGAAAAAUCCUGAGUAUUACGUGAACGAGUAGAUCAUGCAUAAAGAAGAAGUUAAACAAACCGGGUAUGCCCUGCACAAUCGUCUGAGUAAUAUGUCUACAUCUCCCGUGUGGCCUGUCUUGCAGACACGACUAUAUGGAGAUAGGCAUAGGGUGCACAGAACAAGAUUAGAAAACACAGGUACAUGUGUGUCUUAACUACAUCGUGUAGUAAGGGGCAGAGGCAUUCACUCAGCAUCAAAGGAAGAUGUCACCACACUACAAGCUGUUAGUACGGCAUUCUCUCAAGAUAGUAUCUCCGUCUUGCUUUGCACACAUUCAUAACAGUGGGGCUUACACUAAUGCUUGUACUAUUUUUAGCUAGUGAAUUAAGACAUGUUCAACCUAUAUUAAUGGCAGGUACUUAGCUGUGAAUCAUAAAGUAUGUGCUAAAUAAGUGAGCAUUAAUAUGUUAAGAGCAGGAAAGAUAAGUUAUACAUAUCAGGAAGGCGUGGGCACCCAGUUGCAGAGAUCCGCAAGAGCAGAUGUGGCUUCGUCUGUCUCUCGAGUGUUGUGGUGCGGCGUGCCUUUCGCGGCUGACCUGUUCGUCCCGGUCGGUUGCUGGGUGCAUGCAGGGUAAGUGCCUUUGUGUUUUCCUAGACGUGUAUGGCAUCCUUUCGGGUGGUGCCGUGGAGGCAGGAGGCUUUUCCCCGCGCGGCGCUAUCGUGGGGUCCCGUCAGGCGGGAGAAUAGCUAGCUUGUGGCGGGGUUGCUGGGGAUCGACCCUCCAUGGUCGAGUGUUUUCUGUGGCUUGUCGUGAUCGGCUCUCCAGAUUUGCCUAAGAGGCCUCAAAGAUAGCAUUCAGCCUGGCUGAGUAGUCUGUCCCUGCUGUAUCGUGCUCCCCAGUGCACGUGGCAUCCGCCAUUGUGUUUUUGGUGUGGCUGGGUGCUGUUCUUGCGGGCAUGCAGUGUGCUUUUUGUCUUGGCCCGGUUGCUUCAGUGUGGUGGACUGGGAUUACCCCCGCCGGUCCUGGUUUUCAUUAUCUUAGCUGCCACAGUGCUGUGUCGGAGAGAGCGGCCGUCUCUCCCCGCCACCAGUUCCCGCAGGCCGCCAAUAACUUUUCUCAAGGUUACGGUCGUUAUAGUUGUCUAUGCCUGGUAUCAGACUGCUUGCCAAGGUGUCCCCUUCUCGGUAGAUGCGCCUUGGUGUGAUUUCGGGGUUUGAUUAGGGUCGUUAUGUGGAGUUUGUAGCGUGUGUGGCAGGAGCACGCCGGUUUCCCUGACAUUGAAGGUGAAAAUUCAUUAAGUCUCUCCAUUUGGCUAAAAUUUCUCUGUCUGAUUCUACUCCCUCACUUGCCUAUAUAUCUAUCUAUUAUCCUCUUUGCACUGGAUCACAAUACCUGGAUACAGCCAUUUUGUUCUCCUCUCCUAAUUAUGUCUGUCGUUUACCCUUCUGUGGGGCUUAUUUUACUGAUGUAUUUUUUUUUUGUGGGUAAAUUUGAUUGGCAACUGAAACAACUUUUUGUUUACGCUCUGCCUAUUUUCAGGUUUUGUCAACUUGACUGCUUUUACAUAAAAAAAAAAUUUUCUUUACAUAUUUUAUGAAAACCGAUUAGACCAAGUUUUACGUUUGGAGACAGAGCUGCUUGUUGAAUGCAUUCAUAUGUUUCUUUUUAUUGAUGUUUCUUACCCAUGUUUGAAUGUUUCAUGUACAGGGAGUGCAGAAUUAUUAGGCAAGUUGUAUUUUUGAGGAUUAAUUUUAUUAUUGAACAACAACCAUGUUCUCAAUGAACCCAAAAAACUCAUUAAUAUCAAAGCUGAAUAUUUUUGGAAGUAGUUUUUAGUUUGUUUUUAGUUAUAGCUAUGUUAGGGGGAUAUCUGUGUGUGCAGGUGACUAUUACUGUGCAUAAUUAUUAGGCAACUUAACAAAAAACAAAUAUAUACCCAUUUCAAUUAUUUAUUAUUACCAGUGAAACCAAUAUAACAUCUCAACAUUCACAAAUAUACAUUUCUGACAUUCAAAAACAAAACAAAAACAAAUCAGUGACCAAUAUAGCCACCUUUCUUUGCAAGGACACUCAAAAGCCUGCCAUCCAUGGAUUCUGUCAGUGUUUUGAUCUGUUCACCAUCAACAUUGCGUGCAGCAGCAACCACAGCCUCCCAGACACUGUUCAGAGAGGUGUACUGUUUUCCCUCCUUGUAAAUCUCACAUUUGAUGAUGGACCACAGGUUCUCAAUGGGGUUCAGAUCAGGUGAACAAGGAGGCCAUGUCAUUAGAUUUUCUUCUUUUAUACCCUUUCUUGCCAGCCACGCUGUGGAGUACUUGGACGCGUGUGAUGGAGCAUUGUCCUGCAUGAAAAUCAUGUUUUCUUGAAGGAUGCAGACUUCUUCCUGUACCACUGCUUGAAGAAGGUGUCUUCCAGGAACUGGCAGUAGGACUGGGAGUUGAGCUUGACUCCAUCCUCAACCUCAUCUUUGAUGAUACCAGCCCAAACCAGUACUCCACCUCCACCUUGCUGGCAUCUGAGUCGGACUGGAGCUCUCUGCCCUUUACCAAUCCAGCUAUCCAUCUGGCCCAUCAAGACUCACUCUCAUUUCAUCAGUCCAUAAAACCUUAGAAAAAUCAGUCUUGAGAUAUUUCUUGGCCCAGUCUUGACGUUUCAGCUUGUGUGUCUUGUUCAGUGGUGGUCGUCUUUCAGCCUUUCUUACCUUGGCCAUGUCUCUGAGUAUUGCACACCUUGUGCUUUUGGGCACUCCAGUGAUGUUGCAGCUCUGAAAUAUGGCCAAACUGGUGGCAAGUGGCAUCGUGGCAGCUGCACGCUUGACUUUUCUCAGUUCAUGGGCAGUUAUUUUGCGCCUUGGUUUUUCCACACGCUUCUUGCGACCCUGUUGACUAUUUUGAAUGAAACGCUUGAUUGUUCGAUGAUCACGCUUCAGAAGCUUUGCAAUUUUAAGAGUGCUGCAUCCCUCUGCAAGAUAUCUCACUAUUUUUGACUUUUCUGAGCCUGUCAAGUCCUUCUUUUGACCCAUUUUGCCAAAGGAAAGGAAGUUGCCUAAUAAUUAUGCACACCUGAUAUAGGGUGUUGAUGUCAUUAGACCACACCCCUUCUCAUUACAGAGAUGCACAUCACCUAAUAUGCUUAAUUGGUAGUAGGCUUUCGAGCCUAUACAGCUUGGAGUAAGACAACAUGCAUAAAGAGGAUGAUGUGGUCAAAAUACUCAUUUGCCUAAUAAUUCUGCACUCCCUGUAUACUUUCAAGUCCUGUAAUUGUGUUUUGUCUACCUAGAUCACAGCUUAAAACACAUCCACAUGUAUAUAUUUAAUAACUUCAAUAAAUUUCCUUUAUUGAACUCAGAAACAUGUUUUUGGUUACAUGGAUGCCAUUGGGGUUCCUGAAAUACUACAAUGUGUUCAUGCACAGCUUAGACUGAGCACUCUAUCGUCCCUAGAUAUUAAGGUGGUGCUGAACUGCGCAUGCAUGAUCCAUGGUUCUGCUGGUUUCUGCGUAACGCUUGGUUCACUAAACAAAUGUUUGUUUUUUUUUUUUUUUAUAGAGAAUUUCCACUAAUUCUGUAUAAGUUCAACUGCUUUUUAGUGGAUAAACUACUUAUCCAAUAAACUUCUGAUAGACAGGGGUUUAUGUUACAAGAAGCAUCUUAUUGGUGAAUCUUUCUUCAUGGGAACGGUGUGCCAAUAAUGUCAAAUGCUGUGCAAGUUACUUUAUCAGAAGGAAUCUUUGAGUUAUUGAUUUUUUUUUUUUUUUUUUUUUUUUCAUGCGUUUUGGAUAAGUCGUAAUAUGUUAAUUGUGGAAAAUGUUUAUCUUGUUAUGCAGAGUUGCUUCUUUUUAAUAUAAAUGAUUUAUUACUUUGUGACAGCAAGGGUAAUCCAGAGGGUUACCUGGAAUUUACCAGCUCACAGAUGGAAAUAAUACAUCUAGUAUGUAAUAAGUAACAGAUGUAAUGUGGCUGGAACAAGGUUUGGUGAGGUAACACUGGAUUCUUGUAGGGAGGGGUUACAAUAGAUCAAAAUAUUACAUUUUACUACAGUGCAUGUUGGAAAAUAAUUUUCCAUUUGCAUACGUUUAGUAAGGCUGUAAGCGCCCAGAGCCUCACCAUGUAGAUACUUGAUAAACCAAUAUUACUAGGAGUAAUCCAAAACCUGACCUAUACACUGUCCAGAAUAGGAGAUUGUUGUAAAUGGAACAUAUUCGGAUCUUGUAAAAUCAUAUGUCCUGAAUAGGAUAGGUAUAAAGGAACACGGAACACUAUCUAGCAUUAGGAAUACAAACUGUUUGCAAUAUAACAUUUUUAAAAAUAUUCGCUUUUGUUUUAGUAUAGUACUGAAUGCACUGAUGCUUUCCUAUGGGGCUUCCGAGUCACAUGACUGGUCAGUUCAGCAGAAGUGCCUCCAGUGGCUGUCAUACUUGCAUCUCCUGGAUGUAGGUGUAACUCCGCAUGUAAACAUGGCAUCUAAAAAAAAAAAAAAACACAACCCAAAAACAAAAAAAGGGUAAAUUUACAUGAAAAGGUCAAGCAGACAGGGAUACUACACUGAGACCACUUUAUUGAGAUAAAGUGGUCUUGGUGACUAUAGUGUCCAUUUAAGUCUACGUUGAUUUCUUAGAAUCCUAUUGUUACUGCAGUUCCAUACAUAUCCUUAAAGGAUCACUAUAGGGUCAGAAACACAAACGUAUUCCUGGCCCUAUAGUGCUAAACCCACCAUAUAUAUUUUCUCUGAAAAGACAGUGUUUACAUGAAAAAUGCCUGAAGGGAGCGAUUAUACUAGUGUCCCUUUAACUAUUAACAGAACAUUGACAUUAACAUGUUUUUAAUGUAAUGCUUUUGCUAUAGUAUACUAUCUCAUUCACCCUCUUUCUGACAGUCAUCUUUAUGCACUUUGAAUUAGGGAUAGAUCAAUUAUUGCUACUGUCGAUUUUAAUAGAGCUGAUGUUCGUCAUAUUUUCUGGUGAUCCGUAUCGGUUUUGUAACGUUUUUACUUCUAGUUAAUGCAUGCCAUCUUCUACAUUUGCGAACUCCAACUGCUACCGAUUGAGGCGCUACAAUUGUGACUAACAUCACCCCUCCUUGUGAGUCUCCGCAUGUGGAGCUCAACUGAAUCUACAGUAAUGUAAAGGGUUGGUUUCCUGAGAGUGGUAAGAGUGUGAUUGCUUUCCCGCAUGUUCUGUUAAUGCCAGAUUUAUGUAGAAAUUGUUGGUUUUUCAAAAUGUUUAAAUGUGCAGAAUAUUAUUUUCUCAUUUAUAUAGUGCCAGAAAAUUCCGUAACGCUGUACAAUGGUUGGACUAACAGACAUGUAAUUGUAACCAGACAAACGGAUGCACAGGAACAGAGGGAUUGAGGGUCCUGCUCAAUGAGCUUACAUGCUAGAGGGAGUGGGGCAUAGUGAUACACAGGUUAUACGUAGGGGUAGUGAAAUAGGUUGCUAGAAAAGUAUUCACUCAGAAUUUAGUAGGUUAUUUUUGACAGUUGCAUGAAGAGUCAAGGGAAUGAAAACUCACUAACAGUUUAAAUGAAAUGCUUUUCUGAAGAAGUGUGUGUGUGUGUGUGUGUGUUUUUUGGUUUUUUUUGAGUCGAGACUGGGGGAAUGUCUAACGGAGAGGGCAUGGGAGGUGAGGGUGGAAAUAAGCUUUGCCGCUGCAUUCAUUAUAGAUUCCAGUGGUGCAAUCUGGGAACACUGAGAAGGGGAUUGCAGUAGUCAUGGUGAGAGAGAACGGCAUGGACCUUAGCUAUGUCUGAUGUUAAAUAGGGGCGAAUGCAAGCUGUUUUUAAGAUGGAAGCAGCAGGAUUAGGCGAUCGACUGGACAUGAGGUGUGAAGGAGAGGUCGGAGUCAAAGAACACCUAGGCUGCGAGGUAGAGGUGAUGGUGGUGCCGUUGACAUGGAGGCAGACAGACAUGGGAGGAGCAACACUUGAGGGAGGAAAGACUAGAAUUUCUGUUUUGGACAGGUUGAGUUUAAGGAAGUGAGCAGCCAUCCAAUUGGAAAUCGCGGAAAAGCAGUCAGAGACAUGAGUCAAGAUGGGCGGAGAGAGAGCAGGUAGAUUUGUGUCUCAUCUGCACAUAAAUGAUAAUGGAAGCCAAAGGAACUGAUGAGUUUACCAAGGGAGGCAGUAUAGAUAGAGAACAGGAUGAGUCCGAGCACAGAACCUUGGGGAAUGCCAACAGAGGGGUUGGGAAGGACAGGCAGAGCCAGAGAAAGAAACACUGAAAAUGUGCUGGAAGAGGUAGGAGGAGCACCAGGAGAGAGCAGUAUCUCAUAGACCGGGAUUAUGGAGAAUGAGAAGAAGCUGUUGAUGAUCAACAGUGUCGAAGGCAACAGAAAGAUCAAGGAGAAGUAGGAUAGAGUAAUGGCCGUGAGCUUUAGCACCGAUUACAUAGUUUGAUACUUUGGUCACAGCUGUUUCAACAGAGUGAUGUAUCAUCACCAGUUAUCUGCAAUUGGCCAGAAAGGCGACCGAUAAUCGUCAUAGACUCUGGGAACAAUCACAUUGGUCGACCUCUACCUUCAAUUAGAUUUUGGUUUUUAACCCAGUACUCGCUAUUUGGCAACUGUCCUUUGAAAACAAUGUGCUUUUUCUGUCUUCAGCAUUUUCUGUUCGAUGAUUUGUGAAAAUGUAUUUUGGUAUUGUUACAAGAAUAGCAUAAAUUUAUAUUGCACUAUUGUUGCAAAGUUAUUAAAAUAUUAGUAAACAUUUAGCUUGAUGUAGCAUUUCAUUUUGCAAGCAAUAGAGAUUGAAAAUGAUUAAAUUAUAUAUAAUUUUUAUAUUUUGAAUUUUUUUGGGGCAAAAUAAUCAACAGAAAUUGGCCUGUCAACACUUGAAAGACACUCUACAUUGUGUGAUAUCAGUCUGUUUCCUAAGAGCAUAUUAGAGAGAACUUGUACGUUUUAUCUUACUCUCUGCAUUGCUGUAUCCUGUACUAUUGUAUAUCUAGACUGGUAGAACACUUUGCUACUUUUAAAAUAAAAUAAAAAGCUUGUGGGAAUAUAGGCAUUGUCACUUUUGGCAUUUCAAAUUGAAGGUUUAUGGAAAAUCAUGCAUUGGAAUUUUUAUUGGAAUUUCAAUGCAAUUAAAAAAAUAAAAUAGAAAUAUAGGAACCUCUAAUAUAGAAUACAAAUAAUGGCAGUAGGAGCUGGUGAGCAAUGGUGGCUUGGAACAGGCAUCUUCUCUUGCUGUACUCUAUAUAUUAUCUAGCCUACCCUUAAUGAGAUCAUCAUGCUCGACUAUCUCUCCAGUCCAGUGCUUCUCAUAGAGAAGCAUUGGGGACCAACUGCACAUGUGGCAGAAUCUGAGACCUUUGAUUUUGCUAGGUCUUCAGUGAGUAAGCACCUCUAUUGGCUGUCAAUCUGACAGCAACAAUGUGUGUCAUAGGCAAAAUGUAAACAUUGCCUGAUAAAAGGGUCAGUUUCUGAGCACCAAAACACUUCAUUUAAAUGAAGUGCUUUUGGUGCAUAGCAUUUCUAUUUGAACUUCACUUGCCUUAUUUAUGAAAUGCAUUGCAAGAACAAAUAUUUGUGGAUAUCUUUCUCUGACAAAAGGUCACCUCCCAGAAUAACAACAACCAUUAUUUGUUUUUAAAUACCAUUCUGAUUAAAACUGCUCCAACAUUGGAACGCAUAUUGCGAACAGCUUUAUUUACAAAGCCUUUGCCUUUGUUCAAUUUACUUUGUUUUGCUGGGUGUGUAAGCUGUGGAAUACAUUUUUCUCAUCUAUUAAAGUGAUAUUAAACUUUGAUUUUAACUUUUGGAUAAAGGCAACUGUUGAAACCCUGGUACUGUCUGGGUGUUCUAAAACAAGUGUAUAUUUACAGUGUUAUUCUUGCGGUUAAUUAGCAGCUAGUCAGGCAGGACAUGGGCAAUGACCGCAUGAGUGUGCCCAACCAAUAAUUGUUGGCAUACAGUGAAGCAGUAUGAGAGAGCUGUUGUCAUGAUAUAGUAAAAGGGGUCUAGCUAAUAUCCACUAUAGUGUAUAUAUCUGUGAAUAUAUAUUUUUUUUUUUCUCUGCAGAAACAUGAAAUAUUGCGGACAUAUUUCUACUUUCCUCUUAUACGGCACAGAUUUGUGGGGUUAAAUCCAGGGAUUUGCUUAACAUGUUGUGACCUACAUUUCCAUGAUAUGCUCUGGUAUGUACACUGCACAUCAGCUGGAGUGCCAAAGGUUAACAAACAGAAGGUUUAGGGAGUAUCACAAGUAAGGUGUAGCACAAAGGUGACCUGUCGUUCACAGGAGUCUUGAGGUCUAUUUUGUAUCUGCUAUGGAAUUGUGCUUUAAUCUCCACCAGUUUGGAGCAUUUUGUUUUACUUCCAGAGGGAUCAGCUGCAUAUUCUCCUGAGUUUUUGUUUUGGUUAAUAAUCUAAAGCCUUUCAACACUUGCUUCAAGAACGUUCAUGUCUUUACAGACAGAGCUACAUCUGGUCUUUUAUGGUUUCCACGCCCUGACCGAAUUUGAAGGAACAGUGUAGGAACAUAUAUAUAAAUCCUCAUUUAUAUAGCACCAAUAUAAUAAAGCGCUAUGCACAUGUUUACAAUGGGAGCUGUAAAACUACAUUUAAUUAAAAAAACAAAUGAUGUAAACAGAAAAACUGCUGUUUAAAACGUACACUCUCUAAUUUAUUAAAGGGACUUUCUAAGCACCAUAACCAUUUUAGCUCACCAAAGUGAGUAUGGUGCAAGCAGAUAUCUGGAUCCAUUGCCCAUUUCUGCGUCACAUCAUUGUCAAGCAGUUUUAUGAAGAGGGUACCAAGGGACUGCUCGGCAUCUCCCUCCCAGUCAAUCUAAUGUGGACAUUGUAUAAUUUCGUCCAUAUUUUAGGUCUUCCAACAUUCCCGGCUUUGUCAUGAUCAUGUCAGUUUCAGGUUCUUAUCCUGGCAUGCCAGAGAGAGGUUUCAAAGCAGCAGAUCACACACUCACAUGCUAUGUAACAUGCAGUCAGGGUAGUAAAGAAACACUAAAUGGUAAGGAACACAAACGUGUAUUCUUAACCCUAUAGUGUUAAAAACACUAUUUAGGCCCCUUUGCCUCCCUUUUUCCCGUAAACAAGUUACAAACUUACCUUUCUUCCAGUGCCGCACAGGUAUUUUCUCUGAAAAGGCAUUGUUUACAGCAAAAAAGCCUGCAGGGACCGGAUAUAAACACCCAACCCGCUCCCUCAUCCAUAAUUCAUUUUUUGGCGGUAUUUGUCUGUGUAUCAACUGAUGCUCUCAGCCAAUCUGUGCUAUCCAAAUAGAUGCAAUUGGUAUUGCUGAUGCAGGAUCAUAACUUCUGCAUUAGCAAUACCAUGUGUGAGAGGCAGUGCUCUGAACGCCUGUGGGACAAUCUGUGUCAAACUGCUCAGCCAGUAGCCUAUUAGGACCCUAAGCAGAGAGCUUCAGUGAUAUUGAUGCUUAGCUUGCUGCUUCAAUGUCAAGGCUGCAUAAUUUCUUUGAUGCAUGUACCAACUUUUUAGAUUGGGCAUGGCAUGUGGCGGGUUGUAAAAUUUGGAAAAUGUUAUGGGAACUGUUCAAAACUCCUCACAACAUUGGAAGUCUGUCCUGCACGUCUGUUUCGCUGCAAGUAAUUUUUCCUAAAGGUCGAAUUUGUUUUGGAUUUUAAAUGCUUCUAGUAAUGAAAAGCACAUUGUGUUACCUGAAACUGGUCUCCUUUCUGUUUUUGUUCGGUUUUCUAAAAAAAUUUUUUUGUUAUUGUUAAGAAUCAGUCCUUGAAACCAACCUUCUAUAAAUUUUAAACAAAGAAACAUGCUGUUGUGUUUUUUUUUUUUUUUGUCUUCUUUAAGGCAGUCCCAAUUUCUAUUGUUUUCAGCGUGUGCUUGCUAUAUAAGGAACACAAUACACAUGUGGAAUUAGUAUUUUCAAUUAGUGAUGUCCCGAGCGGUUCGCCGCGGACGGCGAGCAUAAACUUUGACCCUGUACCUCACAGUGAGCAGAAACAUUCCAGCCAAUCAGCAGCAAACCCUCCCUCCCAGACCCUCCCACCUCCUGGACAGCUCACUAAGAAUGCAGCUUCACAAUGAAUGUAAAAUGGAUGCUGUCCAGGAGGUGGGAGGGUCUGGGAGGGAGGGUCUGCUGCUGAUUGGCUGGAAUGUGUCUGACUGUGAGCUACAGGGUCAAAGUUUAUGUUUAUGUUCAGCGAACCGUUCGGGACAUCACUAUUUUCAAUCUAUCUACUAUAGGUCAUUAUCAAUUAAUUUGUUUAUUUUCCUUUUACAGAAGUUAUGCUUCACUCUGCUUUCCUUUGUCCAUACAGGUUAAACAUGUGACAAUUCGUAGCAGUAUGUUCUGUAAAAUGGCCAUGGUUUUAAGCCUUCGCCAUCCCGAAGUGUACAAGAUGCACCUUUAUGUACUUUCUCUAAGGGGCUUUUAAUCCAAACGUCUUGUUUUGCCAUUUGGAAGUAAUAAGUUGGGUAGCAAUUCUAGUAUAUCAUUUCACUGGUACCCUCUCCAAGGUUUGUUUUGGAGCACUGUACUACAUAGUUUUUCUACUCUGAAGCAGGAGUUACAGUCCUUCAAGUAGUCUUUUUGUCUAAGAAAUUAACUGUUGUUCCUCCAUUGCUGUAACUCCCGUAUUGAUUGGCUAACUGUGGAAAGAGAUAAUUAAUAUCCAGCAACUUUAUGCACCUAUCAAUGGUCUAAUUAUUUGUGAUAUGCUCUUUCAGCAGCGCUCAGGGUUAGGACUCUUAGUUUAGAUACUGUUUGUGCCGUUUGGAAAAAUACGACUUAAAAUUGCUGUAUCCGGUCAUAAAAAUUGGUGUGAAAUUUGCAGCCAGACCAAAUGUGAAUCCUAAUGCUAAGGAAAGCAACAGCCCUGACAUCAUCAAAGAAGUUACUAAACAAUAGGAUAGUUAGCUUAAUGGGUGAAAAAUCAUUAAUACAGUAAUUUCAACUGUGUAAAUAAUCCUUAAAAAGCAACCAAACCCAAAGUAGUGUCCAGAUUUUUAAAUGUUGUGCCAAAUAAAAUAAAAAAAAAUUAAAAUAAAAAAAAGUUGAAAACCUCUUCUGCUAUGCAAAACUUUAUCGUGAAAAGCUAUUUGGAAAGCAUUUAGCUCCAAAAUACAGAGGAACAUUUUCUUGUUAUAAAACUCAGCUGGAAUGACGUUAUGAGGUUUAUCAAUGAAAGGAAAAAGACCAUAUACAUCGUAUAAAUUAGAUUGAGUUUACUAUGGUGUGGUUUUUGUGUGUCGCUUAUUUUUUUGCCAGACAAUCAUAUGGAUUUCUAAUUUUUUUACAACUCUAAAUUUCUUGGCUUUUUUGGAAAUGUACAAUUAUUUGUAUAGCACCAACAUAUUCUGCAGCGCUGUACAAUAGGAAACAAAACAAAUCUUUUAAUUCUAACAUGUAUGACAUACAAAACCAGUACAUAAAGAGGGCUCUGCCCAAACAAGUUCACAAUCGUAAGGGAUGAGGGACAAAUACAAAAAAAGUAAGGAAAUCAAGUGAUUUGGAUGUGCCCGGGGAUGGGUGGUGUGCUUGGGAAGAGGGAGCACAGGGUUGUAGAUGGCAGAAGAAUGGUGUCGGGAAUGAGUUGUUUAUGUUAUAGCUCAUAGGCCUCUCUAAAAAAAUAACUUUUAGAAAGUGAGUUUUAAGGACACUUCAUUUUUUAUUAAAAAAUUUGUUUUUGAUGGACUACAAAGAUUUGGAGUCGGAUGUCUCGCGGGAGGAAAUGAACUCCUAAAUGAAACAGGAAGCCAGUGUAGAUACUGACAAAGGAGUGAGGUGUGAGAAUUCCUUGAAGUUCGAUCGGUCUGAUGGAGGCGUUCAUUGCGGACUGUAGUGUGACAAUCUGGGUCUUUUGAGUCCAAUAAGCAGAUGGAUACAACAGUCAAGGUGGGGAGCAAUAAGAGCAUGGACCUGCAUUAGUCGCAUCUUGAGUGAGAAAGGGGAGAACGCGAGAGGUGAAAGCGACAGUAUUUGUUGAUUUUUUUUUUUUAUGUAAGGGGUAAAGGAACGGUUGUCGUUGAAGAGCACACUAAAGCAUUGCAUACUUUAAAGGGAGAAAAGACAAGGAGUUUAAAAAUUGUGAAGUUAUCCAGAACGAAAUACAGUCUGUGACAAUCCAGCAGACGAUCAGGUGUGGAGAGAUAGAUCUGGGUUUUAGUGUACAGGUGAUAUUGAAAGCCAUUGGAUUUUAUCGGGUCACAAAGAAAGGCGGUAUAAAUUGAGAAAAGAGGGUCCAGUCCAGAGCCUUGAGGAACAGAAGGUGGAGAAGCCAGAGAAUGAAACCCUGAAGGGGCAGUUAGAAAGGGCACGAGGAAAGAGCACGAUCACUGAGGCCAAAUGUGCGGAGGGUGGAAAGGAGAAGCAAGUGGUCAACCGUGUCAAAAGCAGCAUAAAGAUCGAAUAAGUAGCAAGUAUUAGCCUUUGGAUUUGGCUGUAAUUAAGUCAUUAGUCACGUUGGUCAGGGAGGUCUCGAUGGAAUGUUGGAAGUGGAAGCAAUACUGUAGUGAGCAGAGUAAGGAAUCUGAGUUCAGAUAGUCUGUAAGUGGAGUGUAAACAAAUUUCGAGAAAUUUGGAUGAUAAGGCAAAGGAUCAGGGACAAGAGGAUUUAUUUUAUUUGUAUGUACAGGCUUGAUUACUACAUGUUAAAGGUGAGGGGGGGAAAUACCAGAGGAAAAUAAGGGAUUUAAGUUACAUUGUAGUGUUAGGAAUACAAACAUGCCACUAGAGGUGGUGUUAAGCAGCAAUACAAUGAAAAGCCUGCAUGGACCGAAUAUAGACACCAGAACCACUAAAUAAGGCUGCAGUACAUUUUAAACUAAAAAAAAUAAAUCAUAACUAGUAAAGUGUUCAUUUAAAAUGAUGCAAGGUAUUUCAUCUAAUCAUCUUAAUGGUGAGCUUAAAAUUGGUGAGCUUAAAGUUACUGCUACAACUUGUAUAGAUACAUUUAUAUUAUAAUAAAAAAUUAGAUAAUUGUCAGGAAGGAAUAAGAGGCCUCCAAGAAUGAAGUAAGUUGCACCCCCAGCACACUUGACAUAGGCUGACCAGAACUCUGUUUUGGGUUGUUUAAUGUCAAUUCUGUGUAAAAUGUACAUCUCUGGUCAGCCACACUGCAUGCAGAGCCUGCAAGGGCCAAGCGCUUGUCUCCCUCCCACGUGCUCUGAGCCAGUUAAAUCCUCCAAUCAAUGACUACUAUAUGAGAGUCUUUGAGUGGGCUUCGGCGCAACUCCCAUGAUGUCAGGCAGGGUGUGCCGGGAGCUUCUCCUGUUUACAGUAAGUAACUUAAUUGAAAGUUCUUUUAAAGGGGGACAAAUAUAAUAAUGCUAAUAGUGCAUUUAUUCUAUUUCACACUAAAAAGUUUGAAGAAACCCUUUAAUCACUUAGUGAACAAAAAUAAGACCAUGUGCCAAUGUCUGUGAAAAUUUGGCUGCACAAGCAGGAUCUGCCAUGAUGAGCACAGUUGGUUAGUUCGUAUAGUGAGUGAUUCUACUACGUUUUGUGGACUGUAGUCCUGCCUUGGGGUUUAUUAUUGAUCUAUAGAUGGUGGUCUAUGGUGAAUUUGGGGGUAAUGAAAAUAUCCAAACACUAACAGAAUAUUUAUAGGAUAGUUUGGAUAAGCUCUAUUGCAUGGUGUAAAGAAAUACUUAAAUGUGAGUAUGGGUCAUAUAUGGAAAUACCCUCUUUCUAAUCACAGGAUUUUUAACUAUUUAUUGCACUUCAUUCACGGCUUUAUCGCUUGAAUGUAUUUUGAAUCUUUAUUUUUUUUAGUAAAAGAAAAAUAAUAAAGGUCUAUUGGUUUAGAUGGUGUAAUUUAAAAAAAAUUAAAUUAUGCUGCCACUAUAACGUAAUAUUGGACUAUUUUGUGAAAUGGGAAAAGGGCUCAAUGGCGGCAGGUGCAAACAAUACAGUUCUACCAGUCUAAAUCUCCUGUUGACCUGACAGGAUGAUCAUCUGUAAUUCUAUAUAUGCAUGUGUAUCCAAUUUCAUAUAGAGAUAGCAGAGAAAGUGGCAGCACUCACGGUCUUCAUAAAAAUCUUUCUUUAUUUGGCAAGGUUAAAACAUGGAUCGACGUUUCAGUCCUCUCAGGGACUUUCUUCAGGAUCAAACGUAGAAGAAAGGACUGAAAUGUCGAUCCAUGUUUUAACCUUGCCAAAUAAAGAGAUUUUUAUGAAGACCGUGAGUGCUGCCACUUUCUCUAUCUGGAUUCAAGUCCCAGGCUCAGCACCCAGCAAGUAUAUUUCAUUGUAGCCUGUGUGCAAGGAUUUUCCAGAGAUCUAUCGCUCUCUCUCUAUCGGCUGAUAAACAUUGUUUAACUUGCUAAGUAGCUUCAUUUAUGUUUUGUCAUGAAGGAAAUGACUUAUGCUGGGUUCUAUCAUGCAUACAAUGUGCAGUACAGCUCUCUCAAGGAAAGCUAUCCGAGAACCUGUACAAGUCACUUUGGAAGUACUUCCUAACAAGAUCUUGUAUGGGAAAUGGGGAGUCUUUACUUCUGCGCCUUAUGAUGCAAAUGUGUAAGAGAAGGGGUGAUAAUAUAGAUGCAACAAUUAUUUGCUAAUCCGCUAUAUCAAUAUAAGGGAGAGCAAAACUUCUCUACUGCUGGUACUUGGUGAACUAGAAUGAAACAAAUAGAUGCAAAACAAUCAGGAACAUGCUGGAGAUGUGAGCAGUCCCCAGGUACUAUGCUCCAUAUGUGGUGUACAUGCUCCACUCUUAAACAGCUUUGGGCAGAUACAUAGUCUUAUUCGAUGUGUUAUAGGUGCCACCCUACCACUAAUCCCCAAAAAAUUUCUACUACAAUACAUACCCCCUCAUUACCAAAAACUGAGAUAUCUAAUAUAUUAUAUAACCUCAGUAGUUCUUAUGGCCAUCAGCAAGGCCUGGUUACAGCCAACCCCUCCGCAAAUAGGAUCUUGUAUCCAAAUGAUCAAUACUGCAAAAACCUAUGAAACAAUGGCCAGAUCAGUGAGACCCCCAGCAAAGUUCUGGAGGGAGGCAUGGGAAUUGUAGGAUAGGUUUCAAAUUGCUCAAACAGAGUCUCCAGGCUCGACGGAUACGCUUAGGAAGGAGUUUGUUUGUGUAAAUAGAGUAAACAGAAAAGGGAUGGUGGUUGAUAGCCAAAUGUGGAGAACUAGUACUGGAACGAGCAUAUAGAAGGAGAUUGUAAUUAGACAUAGGAUGAGCCACUCAAGCCGCACACUCAAAUCUCAGAAAAAGUUUUCUCUAAUGGAUGAUUCGGAACCCCUCCCACGAUCCAGUUCAAUGUUCCAUGUUAUCCAACUCUGUUACGCUAAAUUACCAAAAAGUGAAAAUGGGUACACACCAAGCAUUACUCACUCUACAAUAUACGAGUAAACUGGAGGAUGUAUGUACUUUAAACACCUACUGGUAACAUAUCAAUGUGCUGUAUUUAUUAUAACUCUGUGAAUUUCCAGAAACCAUAUAUGUUCAAUGAUUCUCACCUCCUAUGUACCGUAAACUGCAAAUAAUAAUAAUAAUAAUAAAAAAAAAAAUAUAUAUAUAUAUAUAUAUAUAUAUAUAUAUAUAUAUAUAUAUAUAUAUAUAUAUAUAUAUAUAUAUAUAUAUAUAUAAAAUAUGAUCAAAACUGCAAACUUGCUAUGCCAUAACCUAUGCAAUAUGUAUAAGUAGUUGUAGUUUUUGCAAUGCCACUGUGCCAAAAUCUGAGAGUCUUAAACUAUCAUUAGUGAUCCUGUAUGUCGUGCAGAGAAACAUGCCCGGCAUUUGCAACUGUGGGUGAGUUCAGUUUUAUAUGUUAAUGGGUUUCCUCUACAAUGGCAUGACUUUUAUAUAGUCUCCUGGAGAAAGAGUAUGCUUAUAAAUUUUUAGUCUAACACAUCUCUUCUGACUAUCCCAUGGACUAACCACCAGUUUUACUGCAAUUUGAAGCCAUAUAUAUUUUCGCUCAUGGAAUAAACAGAUCGUGUAUGCUGAUGCAAGAGAUACAAUUCCCAUGUCUUUGAGAGGUUUUCUGUGGAUUAGCAGAAGAUGUCUCUCUAUAUGUGUAAGUAGGGAGACACGUAGAGUAAAAGUCAAAUUGUCUUGUCUUGCAGUGUCUGUAUGUUUGUCACCACCCAUCGUAAUGUUUGCAGCUAUCAAGUGUUUUGUGUUUUUUUUUUUUUUUGUGUGGCAUUCACAAUAUCUUUUAGCUUGGACUUCUUAAAGGAAUACUUAAAGCACCAGGACCACCACGGCCCACAGUAUAUUUAUGUAAAUGCCUCUAAUGUGUAAUUUGAUUAUUAUUUAUUAUUGCCAUUUAUAUAGCGCCAACAGAUUCCGUAGCGCUUAUACAUCAUUUAACUGUUUUCAUUUAAGUAUCACGUUCCUCCUUUUUUAUUUUCUAUACACUGGAACACUUCAAGCACCAUGUGUUCUGUAAUGGUUAGGAUGGUUAGUAGCCCAACUGUUUUAAUGGCAAUCUGAAUACUUACCUGGGGUCGGCCGGGUGCUGCUCCCUGCAUCCUCUCAUCUAGAAGCUUUCACGAACACUUCUGAGCCGCUCAUUGGUACCCUAGGUAUGAAGGUGGAGGGGAGACGGGGAACUCCUGGCACCAUUACCACUACAACGUGGUGUGGUUGUUUUUGCUGCUUGAAGUGUAAGUUUAGGUAUAGGAAUUGGUAAACACAAUAUUAUUUAUUUAAUUCUUUAUUUUUGUAAGUGCAAAAGUAGGUACAUUUGUCAAGGUGGCCACAUAAGAUUACAGUAGUAGGCAAAUAAAGACAAUUCUGGUGACAUAUUUGUUAUGCGUUGCACUUUGUUUUUGUUUGAGUGAGAAAUUCACGAUUCAACCAAAAAGAUUUAACAAAGGAAAGUUACCAAUAAGAGAACAAAAAAUAUCAGAGUGACGCCAGGACAGGCGUAACUUAAUAGGCAGAAACAUCAUAUUAUGGUGUGCGUGGAUAUAAAGGUUGUGUGGGCUCGUUAUGACCUAACGGUGUUGACCAGCUUGAUACCUUAAGCUUAUUAACAAUUAGUCAGCAUGUUAAUGGUGUAGUUCAUGUUUAUAUUGUAACAUUAUAGGUUGUGAGUGUAUGGGCGAUGUAAAUAGGGAAUGUGCUUAUGUUAUACUGGUUGGAAAUAAAUAUAUCUAAAUGAGUGGGGGUGAGUGGGGCCUCUCUCGAAGCUCCUGCCAGACAUAUCAAAAGGGCACUGUUCGUGCGUGAUUGGGCUAAGAGCCUUAUAAAACAGGCUGAGGUUUUAUGAAGUGGCGUUAUUGUGGGUGCCACUGUUUGGCCACGUUCGAAAGUUUUCAUGGGAUAACAUGGUAGUGAUAUGUUAUGUAAUGUUGUCUGGAAGGUUAUGCCUUGCUUAAGGUGGUGGGUCAGAAAGUUAAGCAUAAGUUUUAAGCGGCUUCCGCCUAAUCUGGUCGUUUAGGUACGUGUAGUAGAUAUGGGUAUCUAUAUAGGUGUGGUAAACCUUUAGUAUGAGUCAGCAUCAAUAAACAACAACACCAAAGAAGAAAGAAAGAAAAAAAAAAAAACACAACAACAAACACCCCACUUAGAAAAAUAAAAAUGCGAGCAGACUGUCUCGAUUACUUUCGCUGUGGAUGGGUGUUCUCGUCUGUUGGGCAGUGGGCCAGGUUGUUGCCCUGUGAAAGAAAAGAGAGGGAAAGCGUCCCGAUAAUGUUUGUUCUGUUUCAGGUUGUGGGAGCCGCACGUGGUCCUGGUGGGGGCUGUCGUGGCACAAAGAUUGGCGCGUCAACUGCGCCCCUCCCUGGUCUGCUUGUAGUUCCAGCCGGUGGGUUAGCAGUGUCCGGUGCCGUCAGUGGCAGCUGCAUGUCUUCCAGUGUCCUUGUGGCCUCUUGUAUGUUCCGCACCACUAGAGGGCCGCUUGCGCCCUCAAUGUGUAGUGCGCGCCCUGGACCCCAGCGGUACCUGAGUUGUUUCUGCCUCAAGAAGGACGUAAGCUGUCUGAGGGAUCUUCUCCAGUUCAGCGUUCCACUUGACAGGUCUGCAUAAAACGAUAGUCAUGUCCUCAAAAGUGUAGGUGGUUAGGCCCUUGGUGGCUGCUAGAACAGCCCUCUUGUCCCUCGCGCUUUGAAAACGGAGGAUUAUGUCCCCUGUAGCAGCUGGUGGUGCUGUAGGUGGCCGUGGUAUGCGGAAGAUGUCAUCCAAUAUUAUGGAUUUGGCCACUUUCGGGGUUAAGAGCGCAGUCAGUAGCCGCCUAGCAUAAUGUGGGAGCUCGGCCUCGGGUACAGAGUCUGCGACCCCUCGCAGUUUGAGAUUGUUUUGCCGUCGCUUGUCCUCUUGUGUGGCCAGUUGCUGGUCAUGUAGUGCAGCCAGUUGUUUGAGGUCGUGUACUGUUGCUUUCAGCUCCUCUAUCUGACUGGUGUGGCCGCUUGAGGUGCAUUCCACGGUCCCGAGCCGCGCUGAGAGGCCUUUCAGAUCCUCCCUUAUCGUGGCCACUUCUGCAGAGAUUUUGCUGUGAUGAGCGGCCAUGAGUUCCCUGAUGGCCUCCAUGGUCACCGGCGUGGGAGCUAAUGUAGGCACUCGAGUUCUGUCUGGCAGUAGUGGAGCGUUACUCGGCAUGCAGCUCCCUGCUUCUUCAUCAGACGUGCCAUCCGAGAAAUCGGUGCAGCCUCCCUGCAGGGACGCCAUUGUUGCGCCGGCUGUCUCGUGGGCCUGCUUCCACAUGUCCCCUAUAUUCAUGCCCAGACGGGGCUUGUCGGGCUUUUGCUUUUUUGUUCUUCUGCCCAUGUGGAUCUGGUAAGCCGUGGGGCACUCCGGGGAGUGUUUGGGUCGUGGUCGGGUUCUGGUUGCGGCGAUUUAGCUCGAUUAGAGUCGGGAGCUCAGCCGCCAUGCGACCUUCCUCGUCCGUUGCUAGACUCCGCCCUGGUAAACACAAUAUUAAAAAUCCUGGGGAAGCAACAGUUUUUAAAAGAGCAGGAAGUCUGCUUUCUGUAUAUACUUCACUUUACAUUAAUUUGUAGCUCUAGAAUUAUUGUUUUUAAUUAUUUUGAGUAACAGUGGUUUGCCCAUUCUUUAUGUGGUUUUCUCAUUAAUCGCAAUGAUUUCUUGCCAAUCCAUUGUAUGUGUGUUUUUUGGGGGGUGAUGGGGAGGGAGGUUUGUUAAUAAGAAUCUGUACUUCUUCUACUCCAUAGCCUUAUUUGGUGUGAUAUGUCUGGGUUUGUUUGUUUUUAGGUUUAGACAUAUAGCAGUGUUCGUUUUGUAGUUAAUGUUCAUUUUGCUAGGGAUUGAUAUAUGCAUCUGUUUAUAUUCUGGGUACAUCUUCUCCGUCAGCACACUGUACUGACUGUCUGUGCUAUGUAGGAGGUGUGUGUUAGAAGCUGUUUGCAAAGUCGUGUUCUUUUCACUUCCUUUUCUUCCUUUUGAAGCCACUGAUUAAUGUGUGGAAGCUCGUGAGUCAGAGCCCAACUAGUCCUAUUGGUGCAAUAUGAUGUUUACCUGUUUUGCAUAGCACCUUCCCACCCAUCUGAGUCAGCGUGCCUCACGACCAAGCCGAUAAGUAAAAGAAACCAGAAUACUGCAUGAACAGACAGGGCUCGAAAGGAUAUUGCCACAUUUGCUUUGGAUCUUUUACAUUUCUGUUCUAGAAUGAAACAACGGAUUUUCCACUUUGUGUUAAAGGUGGGUAAAUGGAUUUAGCUGUUAACAUACACUACCUUAUUCCAAUAUCGGUUCUGCUCUAUUUCGUGGUUUAUGGGCUAGUUCAAAGUACUGGAUGUUUUAGUCUAUAAAUAGUGCUUGUUCAUUCUCUUGUGGUGUUGCUGAAAUACUGACAUUGAGGAAAUUGUAUUUUCUGUAACCAUACAAAUCCUCCUUCCAAUCCUAGUGUAUUCGUGUGUGUGUGUGUGUGUGUAUGUGUAUGUGUAUAUGUAUGUAUAAUUUCUACUUUUAACCAACUCACUAAAAACUUGCCAACUGUCUGUGUUCCGGGAGUAUUUCUAUUGAUAUACCAGUUUAGAAGUGUCAUUAUAUUGCUUGUUACCACUCCUGAGCCUAGAAAGAGAUUCCCCAGAUGUUGUAGAACUACAACACCCAUGAUGCUUUGCAUGCCUUUAACAUGACAACGCAUAUUGGAAACUGUAGCUUUAAAACAUCUGGGGAUCUACGUUUUAUGCACCCCUGACCUAGACUGUUAAGUUGCUGUUAUGACACACUAUAGAAUAGUUAAGAUUUAUAAUCGAAGUUUGAACUCUAUUUCGCUGUGAAUACUUUUGAACCUUUAUGACAGAUGUGUCCUGACUGUCACAAUGAGACUAAUCCUUAUUGUAAAGGCAUUAAAUAUUUCCCAAUUAUUUUGUUCGUGCAGGUUAAUGUUUAGUUUUUGGAUCAUGUGGGUUAAGUGGAGGUUAGAGAUAGGUGGAAUUUAUUUAUGGCAGUAGGACAAAUGUAUUGAGCAAAGUAAACAUUGACAUCUGAUUAGUCUUUAACAUGUUAAAACACUAACGUUUGUUUUGUCUAGGCAGAACAGCACCACCGACGUAGUUUGUUUUUCAAUGUCAAGUCAGACGAUGCUGGUGGAGAUGAUAUAACUUUUAGUGUGUCUUUGUGUUGGAGGAACACAACUGCUAUGUGCAAUCCUUUACACGUUGUUGGAUAUAUGAUUGUGAUCCAGGGUUGUUAAAUAGUUUGUAGGGUAGCAGAUGGCCUGCGUUGGUCAUGCCAAAUUUUUGUUGUGGUUUGUUCUGCUUGGUGAUUCUAGUUCCUUCCCAUGUGCCUAUAAGAGCACCUGGUUAAAUGUCUGCAUAGUUAAUCAGCUUUUAUUCCCUUGUGUCUCAAUUAAUGUUUUGUCCCCUUUCAUAAGUCAAUGGAUUCUACACCUGGAAGCUAAGUUGUCCUAUCUUCUGAGAUAAUGCUGUUCAGCCGUUUGUGGGAAAACCCAUGGAUUGACAGUGCUUGGUCAGUGUUCUUCAGAUAAUUUGGCUUUGAGCCAGAGCUGUCCCUUUUUCAUUUGAAAGGAAGUGCAUCAUACUAAUAAAUCAUUCACUACACGUGUGCAUUACAGAUGCACGUUAAAUGAAAUUAUGGCUCUUUAACCUAAUGUGUCUGGGUAUUGACAGUUCCAAUAUACACUGAUAUGCUUUUCUUGCUCUUUAAGUGUGGGCUUCUGCUUUUGGUAUGGGCAAAUUGUGCCAGCUGCUUUAAAUAUCCAUCUUAUUAACAUGUUAAAUGUUCCAGCCUGCCCACACACUUCUCAUAGUUGCUGUUGCGUUGUGUGGAGGAAGACAGCGUGGUCUAGUGAGGGGAUGAUCAGCUGUUCUCACCAUCCUUCAAAUAUGGUGGGGAUUUUGUUUCUCAGUUUUACUUCUACUUUUUGUAUCUAUUUUUUUACAUUACACUUUAAUUUUAAGUUAAAACACAAGUAAAAUCCUGCAAUACUUGUUCUUCCUUUUAUGCUGAAAGACAUGUAGAACUUUACUACAUAGUGAUGGAAUUGCCUGACUAAAUAUUCAGUCUGAUGCAUUAACAGAAAACCAAAUUAUUUUAUAAAUUAAAAAAGAACAUGUGGAUCAAAUGAGAUAGAGAUAGAGAUAUAUAUAUAUUAUACUGAGGACACUGUGCUUGAGAUAUAUGGUUUUCAUUAGUAAUUAGUUUGGAAAUACAUUUACCCACUUUUCCUGCAGUUCCUUCUGAACACCAGAGAACUGAGGAUGCCAUGAUCUUUAGAACCGGCUCUGCCAGCCACAGAGGCCUCAUUAGGCCAAGAUGGAGUUGCCACAGGGAAUGGUCGUCACUCAUACGAAGAAUUUCAUUAUUGCUUUCUUGAUUUAUAUCAAACCAGUGCCUUAUUGUGUAGGUGAUUUAAAGGACAUUGGAGACAUGCAGAACAAACUGGGUACAUGGCUUCUGAUGUUUAGUAAAUAGAAUGUAGGACACAUUAGGUUAAAGAGAAAUAAUUUCAUUUAACGUGCAUCUGUAAAGCACACGUGUAGUGACUGGUUUAUUAGUAUGAUGCACUUCCUCUCAAAUUAAAAAGGGCUCAAAACCAAGCACUGUCAAUCCAUGGGUUUUCCCAAUUUCUCAAUUAGAUCUACAAAUAUGUUAUAUGGUGAACGCUUUCAACAGUUUAUGCAGCACUGUUGGUGACCUAAGUGCUUGGGGGACAGUAUCCACCGCUGUCCUACCCAAGUCUCUCAAAAAAUGCCAAGGCUGUCGCUGUAGACUGGCAUUUUGGUAUGGCAAAGCCUCCCGAGGCUCCAGCUGCAAUUCAAAGAGCUAUUGUUUCUGAAUUUUGAAUCUGAGCCAGAUAGACUGUUAAUGUCUGAUCCAGAGCAUACAUACACUUCUAAAUAUUUGAGACUCACAAAGCUUGUACGCUGACUUACCCAGAUAUACUAUUGUUUGGCUGCAAUCUCAGGGCAACUGCUAUACCUUAAUGAAGGGGCCUGGGAGCAACCAGAGUAAAAAAUGCUACACGUCUCAAGCACUGGAUUUCUCCUCUGGAGCACAGAUUUCCCCAAACUGCAAGAAAACGGAGUGUUCAAAAUGGGAUGUUAUACUAUUGGGAUACCAUUUUGAAGGUGUCAGAAAAUGACCAGUCUAAUGAAGGAAAUCUUUAAUCUGUGUAGCUUAUUUAAUAACCAAGCAGGACCAAAAUUGCAUAUUGCGCAAUUUCUGUUCUAGGUCAAUAUUGCUAAAUAUCUAGCUAGCUAUUGCACGCUACAGUAUACAAAUAUGCUGCAGAUUUUAGACUCUGAUCAUCGCACAUAUAAUGCUCCCUGUCAAAUUAAUUGAUCCAUUAUUGGGAGUUAGGGCUUGAAACAGGACGUUGGGGAGAAAACCAAGUGUGUCACUCAAGGUUUAUGUGUUUAACCACUCUUUUCUUUUUACUUUGAGUGUAAUAUAGGUACGAGGUAGUACCAUGGAGCUCUUGUCUCAUAGAAAGUAGAUGGAGCAAAGGUUAUUUAUAUGCAUUGUAGGUUUUUAGAGAACAAACAUGUGACUUUGGUCAACAAGUCUACAAGGUGACAGGUCGUUUUUUUUUUUUUUGUUUUUUUUUUCAAGUAUGUUAUAAAAUAUAUCUACUUCAUUUUAUGUAUGAUUCGUCUAUAGAAUAAAGUGAAUCGUAGAUAAAGUCACAUUAGUUUAAACUUUGAUCGGUUACAGCAAUGUGAAAGGUACGUACCUGUAUUUAGAAAUGGGCAGCUACUGACUGGCUUAGAGCGUCAGUUGACCUUUCUAGCCAAUCCUUGGCAGCAUUGAGCGCUUACUGUAACUCUGAUUCAGAAGCACCCUCUCUCCUUCUGCAGUACGGUUCUUUUAAUAUCCCACUUUUAAUAGCUGAUUUUGACACCAACAUCAUAUUCAUUAAUCCCUCCUCCCCUUUGACAUACUGUUAUUCCUCCUGUGUGUCUUUACCACUUCCCCAUAGAUUGUAAGCUCAUUUAAACAGGGGCUUCCUUUACCUCUUGUCUGUUAUAUUCUGUAUGUGAACUACUUGUCGGAUAUCUCCAAUUCUAUGAAUGUAAAGCACAGCGGAAUGUGUUUGCGCUUUAUAAAAAUAAUAAUGUCAUGGUAUACACAGUGUCUGCUCAUUUUACAAGUAAACGUUAGAGAAAAGAAUGUUGUAACUACAAAGAACAAAGUGUUAAAGUAGAGGAUUUUCUUUUUACUUUAUAGAGAACUUUAUUAUAUGUUGCUAAUCACAAACGGACUUCUGGGGCAUAUCUUUGCAUGGACUCCAUGUAGUGCUGGAGCAACAAUUUGCAUUUGAGCAGUUCAGAUUAUUACUCUAACUUUUCUGUGGUUUUAACAAAAUAUCUGUUUUAUAGCCAGCAGCACUAAAUAAUUGCAUUUCCUCAAAACACCCAGAAUGCCAUGUAAAAUAUGGUAGUCAGACACAUCGAAUUAGUGUGUGUGUGUGUGCGCGCGCAUUGCAAUCUAUUUCCCCCUUUUCUGUAGAAAGAACAUUUCUGAUCUGUAAUGAAGCAGCGGGGUGCAAAGUCAGGUUUGUUCCCAAGAACAUAAUGAUGGUCACUCCCACUUCUUUAUUACUCACUCUAUUCAGCAAACUCCUUUUUUUUUUAUUCUCUUGCUACCAGCGAAGUUUAUAUUUCCCGUGUCCUGCUGUCCAUAGUUACCCUGUUGCUAUGUUCUGCAUGUUGGAUUCACACCUCACUGAGGAAAUAUGAGCCCAAAGUUUCCUUGCCAGAUUAAUUUGCUGUAGUCUUUACUUUCUAGUUAACCUAUUGGCUUCUAGAACUGCGUGCUGGCCAUGAGUGACUCUAUGUAUAUUAAUCAAGGUCCUAGCUCCCCUUCUGGAUAAACAGUCACCAUAAUCCUAAAUAUACUUAUCAGUUCUCUUAACUAGGGGAUGCAAUUUCUAAGUAGUGAAGCAGUCAAAUAUGUUAUGGAUUUAUUACAGUGACUAUUGCUUUGACAUGGCUACAAAAAUGUCUGAGAUGAAAGAGAAAAACAUGGCAGUGUCACACUUAAGCCUGCAAGAUGUCAAAUUGUGGACUUGGCUAAAAUCUAUUCGUUCAAUCUUUGUAUUUUUGUUGAAUAAAUCUAAAAUGUCACGAGCGGAUGUCCGAUAUCAUUUAGACAGAUAAUUACAUGAUCUAGACAGGCACUGCUGUACGAUAAUACAGCAUUAUCAGUGGAAAAAAUGGACAGCAGUGAUAGGCUGUGAGCGCAGGCCAUGUGUGUGUAUGUAUUUGUGUAUAUAUGUAUUCAUGGUGGGUGGGAGCAGGGUAAUGGCACUCUAAUAAAUCCAUAACACAUUAGACUGCUUAUGUGUAUUUGUGUGCAUCUGUAAAUAUGUAUUUAAGGUGGGUGGCAACAGCCGAAGAUGAUUUAUAUAAAGGGGAAAGUUUUGUUGAAGGAGGGGUUGGGGGGGAAUAUAUAACCAGUGACAUAAGCCACAUCACUAGGGAUGCCCACAAUGAGCUUAAACACUCAGAAAACCGUGAGGCUCAUUAAAAAGAAGGCGCCAUGUUGCUUAUUAACAAUCUGCCUGGCCGUCUUCAGGCUGCUGAAGCACUUCUGAAUGGUCCUAGUGCCUAAUGUGCUGUGCUGCCAGGGAGAGUACAAUGGUAUCCCCAGAUACGGGAAACCAGGCAACUAAAGUGGGAUCGUGGGAAAGCACCCCAAAAGCAGGACAGUUUGGAGGCAUGUAAUCGGGAUAUAAACCUGGACCCGGGACACUGCACCCAGACCACUUCAGUGAAAUGAAGUUAUCUGGAUGCCUAUAGUGACCCUUUUUAAAAUACAAUUCUAACGAUUCGAGUGUAUUUGCGGUCCUUGUUACGUUAUUUUUUAUUUCUUUAUUUUAAACUGUUUUUAACCACUAUCUGCUCUUAAAGGGAGAAUGGCUUUUUUGAAUUACUAAAAAUAUUACAUAUCUCAUUACUUUAUUGUAUGUUUUGUAAAACAGUAAAUGCAUUUGCAGUUCAUACUUCUUCUGGGUGCACCUCCUGGCCAACUUUAUAUACUAUAAAGAAUGCUAGCUUUAAGAUCAUUUUUUUGCUAUCAAGCACUAAUUUUCUUAGGAGACAAUGCACUAUUUGAACAGCUGAAAUAGUCUGAGUGCAUAUUUCAGAUCCUCGUUGCUUGCCCAUGUCCGUAUUUAUGAACAAGCACUUGCUCUUCAGUGCCUGCUCAGUCUAUUGCUCAGAUAAGCCGUGUUUCUUAGGAAAAAAGGACUUCUACGAUGGCUGCCUUAAAUAGCAAGGUUAAGCAUCAUAACCACUACAACAAGCUCUCUGGGUCAUACUACACAGGGUGUUUAAAUGCCACUUUUCACCUUUUCUCAAGGCUUAGCCUCUGGCCUCCAUAUCUAUAAAUGGCUCCCAUCAUGCAUUUGAGUUAAGUACAUUGCAGUACAUGUGCUGGAAAACUGUGUACCCUGUUUUAUCACAUUGUUUCCUUCCCCUAUUGUUUGUUUCGACAUGAUCUCUUCUGCUGAUCAGACUGGUAACUUCCUUUACAAGCAUACAUGUUUAGAUUUUAUUUAUUUCAUGUUUGCCUAGUAUUGCAUCAUGCUCAAUCAUGCAAUGGAGAAAAAAUACAUAUGUAUAUGUGUGUGUGUGUGUGUGUGUGUGUGUGUGUAUAUAUAUAUAUGUGUGUGUGUGUGUGUGUGUGUGUAUAUAUAUAUAUAUAUAUAUAUAUAUAUAUAUAUAUAUAUAUAUAUAUAUAUAUAUAAUCUCUCUCUACAGCUAAAAUAGGUGGUACAGAGCGCAUCAUAGAGUUUAGAAACAAGACAUUGUCAAAGGAACACCAUCAUAAGCGGCGCUCUUCCACACCCUUCUGAUAUCACUGUGGCCGCACGUGGUCUAAUCACAGGAUUCUCAUAGAGAAGCCUGUGAAAGGACCAUUAUGCCGGCUCAUUGCGCAUGCAUGCUCCGGGCCGGGAAAAAGACCAAGCAAUAGAGGGUUGAGCUAGCUUUCCCUUGCAGGUGCUCUGCCUGCAAUUGGAAGAUUUCUAGUUUUGCCAACCUUACGUGUGCUGGGACUGCAACUAGCCCCCAGCACACAAUUAACAGUAUCGUCAAGCUGAAACACUGCACAUACUGACUCCUACCACCAUGACCACUUCAGAUCACUUGAAGAGGUUAUGGUGGUUGGAGUAACCUUUUAACAUUAUUUUCCUGCUGUAGUCAAACUUUAAAAGACAUAAGCUGAAACUUUUUCACAGUUUACCUCAAGCCACGUCUUUGAAAAAAAAAAUGUAACUUUUUUUGGGAGAGAUGCUUUCAUUAGAUGCUAAUGAAAUGCUCUUUGGUUUAUUGUUUUGAGAGAUGCUCUUUGGUUUAUUGUUUUGUAUUGGUUGUCUCUCUCUGAGCGUCUUUAAACUGUAACUUUGUUUUUAGUGCAUACUAAUGCUAAUUUUAUUUUCCUCUGCCUUUUCAGACAAAAUAAUGAAAAAAGUGCACCAGUACUCUUGAUAGGACACUGAUUGUGGUGGACGUCAUAGCCAGGCUCAUGUUUUCUCCUGAUCAAGAGAACCAUCCUGCUAAAGCUCCUGUGAAAUAUGGAGAGCUCAUUGUAUUGGGGUGAGUUUGCUAGAUGUUGCUUUACUGGAAGUGUUUAGGGAGGCAGUGCAAGUCACAUGCAGUGAGAUGUGGCUAGGGAUGCAUAAACAAUGUGAUUUAACUCCCAAAUGACAGAAGUUUGAGCAGUAAAACGUCAGAGGCAUGAUCUAUACACCAAAACUACUUAAUUAGGUCUAAGUUGUUUUGGUGACUAUAGUGUCCCUUUUGUAAUGUAAGAAAUGCUCUUCUUAAAGGUUUACUCAAACCAAAAUCAGUGUCUUAAUAAAACACUUUUUUUGAUUGUAGUAACACUUGCCGACCAACAUGAUCCCACCAUUUAAAAAAAGCAUUAACUGCUAACAUUUACCUGCAAACCUAUGCAAGUUUUCUCUGCAGCCAAUUCUCUUUUAAUGAAGUCACUCCCACUUCCUGCAGAGGGAGUGAUGUCCCAAAUGUCACUCUGUGGGAACAGUCAUUCUGCGCCGCACUGCCUUUGGUCAUUUUUUGCCAGCAUGCUAUGUGUGCCGACAACGGAUGCAAUCUAUGCACAGACUUUCUUUUCAACCUGUUAAUGACGCUACCAGUGGUGAAGUUGCACUUCCAGCACAAAAGUGCUUUACCUCUGUGGUUUUUUUGUUUGUUUUGUUUUGGGAAGCAUUGCACAUACAGAACCCAAGCACCAUGAUCAUUUCAAAUCACUAGAGGGGUCAUGGUGUUUGGGGUAACCCUUUUAAAGAACAUCAAACUGAUGUCCUAAAAUGUAAUGCUGGGUAUUCAGUUACCACUUUCCUUCUGCUUGCUAAACUCACUGGACUCAACAAGAGAGAAGCUCAAACAAUCUGGAUGUGCUUUAACAUUGUCCCAGCACAGUCCAUGUCAUUAAACCAUACCUAUAAUCAUGAAUUAUGAUUAUAGUUAAUUGAAAGUUGCAAACCAGAGGAGCUGUAAAGCUUGGCUAACUUCAAUAAUAAUAAUAUGGCUAGUUUCCCUGUGGAUUCAUUUGCAGUUCUACUCAGGGGUCAAGUCCUGGGUAAAAAAGUGUGGGUAUUAUAGGCUCUUGUGGAGGGGGGAAAGGGGCUGAGUGAGGUGGGGCAGGGGCUGAGGAAGGGUAUAAAAAACAAAAACCUAAAGUGUAUUCCCCCGACGCUUACAUUGGGCCAGGAGGGGUGGGACAGGUUUAGGAGCCUGCAGUCAGUGGAGUCGGCUGGCCUCUCCUGAUGUCAGGAGGAGGGGGCGUGACUUCCUCGGCUCUUCUCCCAGGCUGCAGGGAGAGAGGUGAGUUUAAAAAUCUGAGCCCCAAGCCAGAGGCAGGGGAUUUGGAUUUGUGUUCCAAACCCCCCCCCAACUCUGGCGGCCGCUUGUGCCAGCCCUGUGUCCUGCAGGACUAGUAACGGGAACUGCGUUCCUGCCGUGGAAAAAGUGCAGGAACGACGUUCCUUCAGGGCUCAAGCCCUGUUUAUACUCCUACAGUGGGUCAAUGACACACUGUGACAUUUUAUCCAAGAUUUGUGCAUAUUUCUUUAUUCUGUAAACCACAUAAUUCCUGCCAGCAGGUGAGGAUAGACUUAUGUGCAUUUCUUUUUAUAUUAUUUAGCCUUCAUAAUACAGGAUAUGGUUAUUUAUAAAUCCUAAUGGAAUACUCUAUAUAAAUUGCCCCUGUUUAAUGGGACAGGUUGAAGUGUUUUCCUGUGUGCGUAAACUACACUUUAAUUUGCUGUAAUUUCCUAAAAGGUAUAGUUGAUUCAGUCUCUGACAGUAUCAAACGUCUUUUUGCUUUGGUUCCUAUCUGUAUGAACAUUCAUGUGUUAUUAAUACACUCUAUUAUUGUUGUUAACACUUAAAGCUCUCAAACACUUUAAGAUUUAUUGUGAGCCUUCCUGCUGCUAUUUUCAGAAUGUGACAGAGAUUGCUCUGUUUUCAACAAAAAAAUAAAUUGGAAGAAAUUGCACUGUUGUGACUCUUUUUUUUCCCCACAUUCUGCUUUUCUGCAAAAGGCUAUAUGUUCUAAAAAGCUAAUUGUUCUCCACAUAUUCUUUGUGAAAUUCUCUAGAUACAAUGGCUCUCUGCCAAACGGAGACAGAGGAAGAAGAAAAAGCAGGUUUGCCUUAUUGAAAAGGCUCAAAGCAAAUGGGGUGAAGCCAAGUACUGUUCAUAUUGCCUGUACUCCACAGGCAGCAAAGGUAAUGUGUACCUUUAUAAAGCAGUAGAUAUGUAUUUUUUAAACACAAAAAAGCACUAAACGUGAUGGGGUCUUUAUUUUGUGGGGUUUUUUUUGUAUUGUCCUGAUUUGACACCCUUUCAGCUUAAGGUACACGGCACAUUUUUCUUGCUGUGGUAUCCUCGUGCUUAGUGUUGGGCUGGUGCCGGAACUGCAUAAACCUCUUGCCUGCUUAGCUAAAAGUCACUUAAGCAGCACUGUCGCAAUGGGGACAUCGCCAUGGAGGGCAGGUUAGGGUGAGAUUACUUACCUGAAUCUUUCCCUCGCGGACCCCACCAUCUUGGUGGCGCUGCUUCUCUUCAAGCCAGUGCGAGAGGACAGCUUUGAGGUUUAUAGUCCUCUAUAGACGCAGCCAUCACCGAUGGCUGAGGUGAAAUACAGAGACAAAGUAGUCCCUAUUUUGUCUCUGUACAUCUCUUAACUGGGUUGACAUUUCAGUGAAUUUCUAUCUUUACCAAACACUAUUUUUUUAAUAUGGGGGAGACAGGGCUUGGAUGGGAACAUUCGACACAAGGUUACAUUAAAGCAGUACUAUGUAGAUAUAGAGAGAUGGCACUGUACAUAAAUAGCUUAUAUUUAUUUUUUCCCUUCAGAUUAGAGACAGUGCUUUACCAAAUGGAUUUCUAAUCUGGAGGGGAAAAAACAGGCUGGCAAUUCUCCAAACAUUUUUAAACCCCUUCCCCUUAUUAAGCACCUUCCUAUAAAUAUCUUACCACAAACACCAGUUCUUUGCCUGCCUUCGGCAGAGGAGGUAUAGCAGGUUUUUCUCCAGGGAAGCAGGUGAGAAGGGCUGAUGCUCGGCAGGCUCUGCUUCCUUUUUUUGUUUUGAAAUAGAGUUUUAUACGCCAUACGGCGGGUUCAUCAUGACGUUUAUAUUAGUCCGUCUCUUCCGUGCCAGGUGCCGGUCAGAUGAAGGAUGCAGGCGUGUGUCAGCUUGGAGGUCCUGGCGGUGGAACGCAUGUACAGGUUACAUUGCGGUCCACCGGGAAUUCGCAGAGCGCAAUGCACAUGCGCAGUGCGAUCCAAAAUUCAGGCGCCAAAUCUGAACUCAGCGUUUUCGUUCAGUUGGUUUACAAGACUGUAAAGGAGCAACUUACCAGCAGCAACCUCUGUUUGCCAGGAGCUCUCAGAUCUGUUGCGCGUGUGUUUCUCCGCUGCCCUCCAACACACUGUGAGACCAUUUAAGGUAAGACAUCUUGCUUUUAUUUUAAAUGACUCUCUAGCCUGAAUUAUAAAGGGAAUAAAAUAAAUUUUUCCCUUUCUCUUCUCUCUCCUCAGUAUGUCUAAUCCUGAGAAUACAGAGAAAUCGACAGAGAAGGGGAAAUGUUCAGCAAAAUCCAAGCAUUUAAGUUGCUCUGUAUGUUUCCAACCUAUGCCAGAUGGAUAUAAAAGGAAACUUUGUUUUCUAUGUUCCAAAGAGGCUUUGGAGACAGCUAAAAAAACAAAUGUCCACAUUUCUAAGCUGUUUACAACAGAGUAUGCAGCAAACCUUUGUGGAAAUGCAAUCUGCAGCUAUGCAGUCUGCUCAGGCAUCUGUUGCUUAGGAUUUACAGGUAGUAAAACAAUACAAGAAAAGACCGAGAUCAUGGGAAGAUUCAGAUGCAAGCUCAGGUACUUGUGUUUCUGAUUCUAGAGAUGAUUCCUCUAGUGAUUCUUCUGAGGAGGAACUUGCCUUUCCAGAGGAAGCCAUUGGAAAAUUAAUAAAGGAAGUACAGAACCUUAUGGAGGAUGGGAUAACAGGAAAAAGAGCAAAAGUUUUCCCAUUACAUCCACAGCUAAAGAAGUUGGUUUUAAGAGAAUGGAAAUUCCCAGGUCAUAAACCAUUUAUAUCAAAACACUUUUUUAAAACUCUUUUCUCCAUAGAAGUGGACCAGGACUGCCUGCUGGAUACAGUUCCUGUAGUAGACGUUCCUAUAGCUCAAAUAGGAAAGAAAACUGUGUUACCAAUAGGUGACUCUAGGGGUUUAAGGGAUGUGAUGGUGAAGCUUAUGGACUCGUCUUUAAAGAAAAUGUUUUUCCUCAGCGGCUCAGGCUAAAGCCCUUAUCGCAGGAACCUCUGUUGCUAAAGCCCAAAAACAUUGGCUAGAAGAACUAGAGAAGGUUUAUGCAGGCGAAUCAAAAGAGCCAGUAAAGCUGUUAAAAAAAAAAAAAAAUCAAGAUGUCUGCAGAUUAUUUUGGUAGAUUAUUCUUCAGAAAGUCUGAAAUUAUCUGCUAAGAAUUUGGGUCUAACAACAGUAUCUAGGAGAGCUCUUUGGCUUAGAAACUGGUCAGCUGACGCUGCAUCUAAGAAUUCUUUGUGUGACUUACCCUUUGAGUCUGGUAGACUGUUUGGGUCAGAACUGGAUGAUCUGUUAAAACAAAUGAAGGAAGGCCUUGCCUGAAACCCACAGAAAGCAGGUUUGGAAUAAAAAAAAAUGGGGAUCCAGCCCUCAGUUAGAAGUUCCUUUUGUAGGAGCAAUUACAGGGGUCAACAGAGUAAAGUUUUCGAUUACAGAAAGAAAGAAAGAAAGAAAGAAAGAAAAAUUCACGGACAAGAGAAAUAGAAUGUUGUAACGCCAGGCCAGUGGGAGGAAGAUUGACCCACUUCCUAAAUCACUGGGAAAGUACUACAUCAGAGGGUUCUCUCUGUAAUAAAGAGCGGGUACGGUUUGGAACUGGCAGAUACCCCAAAGAGUACUUAUUUAUGUUCCAGGGUUCAUUCUCAGGUAGCAGAAAAGGCUUUGAUGCAGGACGUAUCAAGACUCCAGCAGAAGGAAGUAAUAGAAGUAGUACCCCCGAAGAGCGAGACAUCGGGGCACUUAUUCAAGGCUAUUUUUAGUUCCAAAGACAGAUGGUUCAUUCACACCCAUACUAGACCUAAAGGCCGUAAACAAGUGUAUUAUAAAAAAGAAGUUCCGUAUGGAAUCAAUAAAAUCAGCAACACUUCUUAUUCAACCAGGGAAUUGGUUUGCGUCCCUGGAUUUAAAAGAUGCCUAUCUACACGUGCCCAUAGCAGAAUCCAGCAAAAGGUUCUUAAGAUUUGCAAUCUGCAUCCAGUCGGUAACCAGGCAUUACCAAUUCAGAGCCCUUCCAUUCGGCCUUUCUUCUGCUCCAAGGGUGUUCACAAAGCUGCUAGUACUCAUCUCAGCAUACCUAAGAGGUUUGGGUAUCUGUCAUCCCUUAUUUAGACGACUGGCUUUUGAUUGCAGAAUCAAAAGAACUAGCUUUAGACCUAAAUACAGCUUUACAAGCUUUAAGAAAUCAUGGUUGGCUAAUAAAUUUCAAAAAAUCUGAAUUCGUUCCUGUUCAAUGGAUUCAGUUCUUAGGUCUAAUUAUAGACUCAAUCUCCAUGAAGAUUUUCCUUCCAAAAGGGAAGAAACUAAAGAUAACUCAAACAAUUCAAAGGCUCAGAGAAAAGGGUGUUUUCUCAGUCAGAGAAGCUAUGAGUUUACUGGGUCUUUUGACGGCCGCUAUCCCUGCAGACUGUUAGGCAAAAGCCAGAAUGAGACCUCUUCAGAGAAACAUUUUAAAAGUUUGGAACCGACAGACAGCCUGGAUGGUCUGAUGAAAUUCAACAGUGAGACGCUGAGGAGUCUUCCAUGGUGGACCUCAUCUAGAUUCCUGCAGGCAGGUCUUUCAUUCCAAAUGAAAUCUUUCAGCAUUUUAACAGACGGCAUUAGGCUGGGGGGGCCAUUUAGGAGAACAAAAGAAGCAGGGGCUUUGGCAAGAAAAGGAUGUAAGAACUUCCCGAAGUUCAAACAAUUGAAGGCAGUAUGGAUGGCUCUCCUUGCAUUUCAGUCCCAGAUAAAGAAUCAGCAUGUUCAGAUACGUUCAGACAAUCGGACGACAGUAGCAUUUGUGAACAAACAAGGCGGUACAAGAUCGACAAAAUUAGAAAGUCUAUGUUCAAAGAUCAUGCUAUGGUCAGAAGUUCACCUACUCUCAAUAUCGGCAGUUCACAUAAUGGGAAAAUUCAACGUAUUAGCAGACUCCCUGAGUCGUCAACACUUAAAACGAACAGAUUGGUCCCCUUUCGUGCAAAGUUUUCAAGCAAAUAUCAGACCUCUUCGGUUGUCCAGAAAUAGACCUUAUGGCUUCCAGGACAAACAGGAAGACAAGACGAUUUGCAUCUCUGAACCCUACAGACAAACCAGAUAUCAUAGAUGCUUUUUCGAUACCAUGGAAGUUCAACCUAGCAUAUGUGUUCCCACCGGUAGUUCUUAUUCCCAGAGUGCUUCAAAAGAUCAAGUUGGAAAGAGUAAGGAUUAUCAUUAUCCUCCCUUGGUGGCCAAGAAGAAGUUGGUUUUCUGUUCUUCUAAACAUACCAGGGGCAACUUUUUUGGAAACUUCCCCUGUGAGAAGAAAUACUGGAACAUUCCAUGGUACCUCUUCCGACCCUACAGAGAUUCCAAUUGACGGCUUGGUGUCUGAAUUCCAUAUUUUAAAGAGUAAAGGUUUAGAUCCGGAGGUUAUAAAAAUUUUAUUGGCUACUAACAAAGAAUUAACGUCUAAAAUUUACUCCAAGAUUUGGAAGAAAUGUUGUCAUUGGUGUUGUAGGUUUAAAGAGAACCCUGUUUCCGCCUCCAUCCAAAAGAUUCUUAAAUUCCUUCAGAUGGGAUUUGCGAAAGGAUUAAAGCCAGCCUCUUUACAAGUUUCAGCUAUCAGUUUCUUUUCAUUCAGAUGUUUAGCAUCAAACAUUCUGAUAUCUAGAUUCUUCAGGGCUCUGGGCCUUUUGGUUCCUAACGUUAGGGAAACAUGUCCGCCCUGGGAUCUAAAUUUAGUAUUAUCCGCUCUGUGUGAGCCACCUUUUGAACCGCUAGAAAAAGAGUCUCUGAAGAUUUUAUCAUUAAAAACUGUAUUUUUGGUGGCAAUUACCUCAGCCAAGAGAGUGGGUGAACUCCAAGCUCUACGGGCGAAUUUUCCUUUUUUGGUUUUUCAUCAAGACAAGGUAGUUUUACAGCUCGAUCCAUCUUUUAUUCCAACGGUUUUGACCUCAUCUAACAUCAAUCAAGAAGUGGUAUUGCCUACUUUUUGCCAAAAUCAUCCAAUGCCUCGGAAAGAAAAUUUCACUGCCUAGACGUUGAGAUGUCUUAUGCAAUAUCUAAAAUCUACCAAGUCUUUCAUGAAGGAUAACAGCAUGUUUGUCUUAAUUAACGGCGCAAGAAAAGGUAUGAAGGCUUCAAAAAGUUAUCUGGCUAGAUGGCUGAAGGAUUGUAUUAAUUUUGCUUAUUCCACAAGUAUCGCAGAAAUCACAGGCUCCGUAAAGGCCCAUUCUACUAGAGCUAUAUACGUCCUGGGCUCUGCGAGCUGCGGCUAUGCCUUCCCAGAUUUGUUCAGCGACCACAUGGUCAUCGCUUCAUACAUUCUCAAAACAUUACAGGUUACACAUACUAGCCUCAGAGGAUGCAGCUUUUGGGCGCAAGGUGCUACAAGCAGUGGUGAAAUGAACCCCACCCUAAGGGAUUGCUUUUUCAUACCCGGUUGGUAAAGCACUGCCUCUAAUCUAAAGGGAAAAACAAAUUUUUACUUACCGUAAAUUUAUUUUUCCUGAAGAUUAGAGGCAGUGCUAUAAUUCUCCCCCCCACACCUUUCCCUAAUAAACUUGGAAUUGUGCAUGUAACCGGCUUGUGUAUUUCUGGGGUUGUUUGUGGUAAGAUGAUAUUUAUAGGAAGGUGCUUAAUAAGGGGGAGGGGAUUAAAAAAGUUUGGAGAAUUGCCUGCCUGUUUUUUUUUCCCUCCAAAUUAGAAAUCCCUUUGGGAAAGCACUGCCUCUAAUCUUCAGGAAAAAUAAAUUUACGGUAUGUAAAAUUUUUUGUACAUUUUAAAGAUCAUAGGUCUAUUCAGUGUGCUUACCAUAUAAUUUGCCAGGAUUCACCACUGAGUGGGGUCCCAUGCCACUUAAAGGAAAACUCCACUGCACAAAUACAAAAAGUGUAAAAUGUCCUGCUUAAUACUACUCACACUUUACUCCACUGUCAAAAGCUGCCACCACCACGGCAAAUCAUAAAUAGGCACCUUCGUUACCCACCAAAAUCAGAUUUAAUAAAACACAAUUUAGCCAAAUAUCUUUGCUUUUAAAAAUACUACUAAAUUGGUCUUUUCAGGGCUGUGAAUCCAGAAUAGAGCCCAAAGACAGAAUUAGGUUAUUAAUAUAUUAAUAGCAAAAAGACAAAUUUUACACUUUGCUAAACGUACACAGACAAGGACGAAGAAAAACAUAAUGGGCAUAUGCAAAAAUCAGAUUAAAAUCAGAUUAAAAUAAAAUGUGAAACACAGAACCUUCUCUAGUGCACAUUUCACCAAGAAUCUUGCCAGUGGGAACUCUGAACGACGUUUACUCCGAUGUUGAGCAAAUAAAGUCCAGGAGUAAAAUUUUUCUUGGGCUGGCAUUCAGUUGUAUAUCAGGGUCGUUCUCUCAGCCACUUUUGACCACAUGACCAAAUUCUACCUUCAGGUUACCUAUGUGUACUCAACCUUUUGGUCGAAAGCACUUAAUUUUUAUAUGUUAGGGCUGCAAAAGUAUUGUGGGUGUUGCAUUGCUGCAUCUGUAUUAACUGAAAUGGAAAUAACCAGGUAAACCCCUGCAAUGCUAGGACAGAAUCAUGUCCACUGUGCAUGCCACUCUUCUUCCCCAGACAACACUUUCUGUUUCACAGACUUCCCAAUGCAGCUCAAUGAGAUGUGUUUGCAAGUCAGGUACUCUGAUCAAUUCCUCUUGAGUUUGACUCCACUAGGCUAACCAAACCAGGACCAAUUUCCUGAUUACCAGCCAAGGGGUGUAACCAGGCUAAUUUAUAAAAGUGCCAGUUUCUACCGAAUUCUGUACUCUUUGUGGGGGGGGGGGGGAAGGACACUUUUCACACAAAGCAAUUUAGCAAAUUAAAGUGCUUUAGGUGUUAGGAAUGUUUCUUUAAGCCAGGGGUGGGUGCCCAAAAGGUUGAUCCCUCAGGUGUUUUAAAACUGCAGCUCCCAUGAUGCUUUGUCAUUCUAAAGGCAUGCACAGCAUGUUUAACCCCUUAAGGACCGGAUUGUUUUUGCGAUGUUGCACAUUUGCGACCAGGCAUCUUUUUACACUUUUGUGGUGUUUCUGUUUAGCUGUAAUUUUCCGCUCGCUCAUUUACUGUUCCCAUACAAAUUUAUAUAUUGUUUGUUUCAGGACAAAAAAUUACAUACCAUUAUUUAUAUAAUCUCAUGUAAUUAAAUUUUUUUAAAAAUGAAAAAAUAUGAUGAAAAAUUGAAAAAAAUACGUGUUUUUUUUUUUUUUUACUUUUACGUGAAAAAUCUUUUACUCAUCUACAAAAGCUAAUGGGGAAAAAAACUGCUAAAUAGAUUCAAAAUUUUGUCCUGAGUUUAAAAAUACCCAGUGUUUACAUGCUUUUUUGCUAUUUUUUUUUUUGCAUGUUAUAGGGCUAUAAGUAAAAGUAGGAUAUUGCGGUUUCAAAACAUACAUUUUUCAAAUGUAUCAAUAGUGACAUUGUAACACUAUCUGUCAUAAAUCUCUGAAAAACACCCCACAUGUACAUAUAUUUUUUUAAAGUAGACAACCCAGGAUAUUCAAUACUGGGUAUGUCCAGACUUUUUUAGUAGCCACUUAGUCGCAAACACUGGCCAAAGUUAGCAUUCAUAUUUGUUUGUGUGUGAAAAAAGUAAAACACUAAUUUUGGCCAGUGUUUGUGACUAAGUGGUUACUAAAAAAGACUGGACAUACUCCAUUUGCAAUACCUUGGGUUGUCUUCUUUUGCAAAUGGUAUGCCAUCACGGGGGUAAUUCUAAUUCCUGGGCUACCAUACGCUCUCAAAGGCAACGUAACCAACCUGGCCAUUUUCAAUGUAAAAAUAUUUGACCCUGUAACUUUCAAAAACACUAUAAAACAUGUACAUGAGGGGUACUGUUAUACUCAGGAGACUUUGAACACAAAUAUUAGUGUUUCAAAACUGGAAAAUGUAUCACAACAAUUAUAUCAUCAGUAAAAGUGCGGUUUGUGUGUGAGAAAUACAAAAAAAGUAACUUUCACUGACCAUAUCAUCGCUGUGAUAUGUUUUACUGUUUUGAAUCACUAAUAUUGGUGUUCAGCAAAGUCUCCCUAGUACAGUCUCCCAUGUACAGGUUUUAGGAUGUCGUAGAACGUUACAGGGUAAAAUUACAGGGCUAGCAAAUUAAAUUCUCUGGACUUUCGGCCUGGGUUGGCAGGCAGGUCCCUCAAAUUGCAAUCAAUAAAAUUAUGUAAAAAUAUUACAUAAAUACGCAUGUAGAAUUUAAAUAUAUAAGCAUAUUUAUAUAUUUGAAGUCUACGUGUAUAUUUAUAUAAUUAUGUAAUUUUGUAUAUGGACAUAUGUAUAUUUCGUAUUUUUAUUUAUUUAUAUAUACAUAGAUAUAUAUAUAUACAAUUUCAUUCUAAGUGUAUUUUGAUAUAAAUAUAUAUUAAUAUCAAACUACAGUUAGAAUAAAAUUUCAUAUGAUAUAUAAUUUUUAAUUUAUUACAUUUUAAUUUAAAUUACUUAUUUGUAUUUUAUAAUAUAUACAAUAUAUAGUUAAUAUAUAUAUAUAUAUAUAUUAUGUGUGUGUCUGUAAUUUAAUUAUAAGUGUAUUUGUAUAUUGAUAUAUGUAUAUAUUAAUAUAAAAAUACACUUAGUAUGACAUAUAUGAUAUAUAGACAUAUAUUAUAUAGAUAUAAUAAAUGUCUAUAUUAUAUACGCACAUAAUUUUUUAUUUAUUUUUUUAAUUAACAUGCAAAAAUGUCGAUGACCGUCCUGAACCGUCCUCGGUCCUUAAGGGGUUAAGCUAUGGCUCGGCAAACACUAGAUUCCCAAAUGUUGUUGUAGAACUACACCUACCCUGAUGCUUUCUCAUUCUGAAUGCUGGUAAAGCAUCAUGACAGUUGACUUUCUUGGAAUCUGGGAUCUACCAUAUGCUUAACCCCUUAAGGACCAAACUUCUGGAAUAAAAGGGAAUCCUGACAUGUCACACAUGUCAUGUGUCCUUAAGGGGUUAAAGGAACACUAUAGUCACCUAAAUUACUUUAGCUAAAUAAAGCAGUUUUAGUGUAUAGAUCAUUCCCCUGCAAUUUCACUGCUCAAUUCACUGUCAUUUAGGAGUUAAAUCACUUUGUUUCUGUUUAUGCAGCCCUAGCCACACCUCCCCUGGCUAUGAUUGACAGAACCUGCAUGGAAAAAAACUGGUUUCAUUUUCAAACAGAUGUAAUUUACCUUAAAUAAUUGUAUCUCAAUCUCUAAAUUGAACUUUAAUCACAUACAGGAGGCUCUUGCAGGGUCUAGCAAGCUAUUAACAUAGCAGGGGAUAAGAAAAUCUUAAUUAAACAGAACUUGCAAUAAGGAAAGCCUAAAUAGGGCUCUCUUUACAGGAAGUGUUUAUGGAAGGCUGUGCAAGUCACAUGCAGGGAGGUAUGACUAGGGUUCAUAAACAAGGGGAUUUAACUCCUAAAUGGCAGAGGAUUGAGCAGUGACGCUGCAGGGGCAUGUUCUAUACACCAAAACUGCUUCAUUAAGCUCAAGUUGUUCAGGUGACUAUAGUGUCCCUUUAACCCUGCUUAAAGUAUUUUUAGUUGGGACAAGGUAAGUCUAAAUUAGUUUUCUUAGCAAGUGACGUCUCGUGGUAUUCAACUGUUUCAGUUGUAUAUUACUGCCAAGACAGCAGCCCCAUUUGGGUACAUUUUGAAAACGUCAUGAGUAGUGUAAAUUGUUAUGUAAAUGUUAAAUUAUUUAAUUUGAUGCAUAUGGUUUUGUUUUACCUUAUUUAACAUCAUUUUGUACUGAUCAAGUGUCCUCCAAGUUUGGAAAACUUUAAAUGUUAUGUUUACUUUUGACAUGUCAUGGUGUUUGUUUAUUUUUGGUUUUUCUUUUUUUAAUUUUGAAUGCAUACUUUGUUUUGUACUCGCAUAGUACGCUCUUCACCCUGAUACUUUAUUGCUCAUAAGAUUACAGCAGUUAACCCUUUUUGUUUGGCUAAUUGUCCUUGAUCUGUCUACCAUUCUUGUCUUAUCUCCUCCUUCCCUCUCUUGUUCCCAUUGCCUCUAGUGUCUUUCGGGCUGUUUGUAUCUGUGCCAGCCACCUUUAGUGCUAUAAUUGUUUUCCCUACAUAGGCAUAAGACCUCAGCUACAUUCCCCCUCUCCUACCCACCAACCCUCGAUUUUUCUGCAUUACCUAACGUGUCUUUCAUUUUAGUCUCUCUUUGUAUGUAUCAUUGUCUAAAGAAAACAUUGUAACCAUUGCUGAAAAACUGUGGUUAAAAUAUGCUGAGAUGUUUCAUUUUAUUUAUUUUUUUAAAUUUCUGCAUAUCUUCUUUGAGGGUGUAUUAUUUGGGGGACAUAAGCCUCCCCUCUUUCCCUGUCAAAGACUUUCAAUCUGUUCAUAGGAAUGUACCAUCAGACUACUCGGGGGGGAGUUCUGCCUGUAUUUUCACCCUAAUUAUAAAUAUUUUAUUUUUUAAUUUUUUUAAAUCAGCCCUUUUAUAAAUUGUCUAACAUAUGAGCACAUACUUUAAACAGUGUAGAAAUGAAAGCUGCUAUCCUGUUGUGAUCCACUGUCCACCUUUAACUGAAAUGUUUUGUUAUAGGCAAUAAGUAACAAGGACCAGCACAGCAUAUCCUAUACUUUGUCACGGGCGCAAACUGUGGUUGUAGAAUACACACAUGAUAGCAACACAGAUAUGUUCCAGGUAAGAAGUUUUGUGUUGCGUUUUUUUUUUUUUUUUAUGUAUUUCUUAAAGGACCACUACAGUGCCAGGAAAACAUACUCGUUUUCCUGGCACUAUAGUGCCCUGAGGGUGCCCCCACCCUCAGGGACCCCCUCCCGCCCGGCUCUGGAAGGGGGAAAGGGGUAAAAACUUACCUUUUUCCAGCGCUGGGCGGGGAGCUCUCCGCCUCCUCUCCUCCUCCGUUGCCCGCUGAAUGCGCCGCAGCGCAGCUCGCAUUCAGCGUCUCGGAAAGCAUUUACAAUGCUUUCCUAUGACGCUUUGCUCUCACUGUGAAAAUCACAGUGAGAAGCACGCAAGCGCCUCUAGUGGCUGUCAAUGAGACAGCCACUAGAGGGAAUAGGGGGAAGGCUUAACCCAUUAAUAAACAUAGCAGUUUCUCUGAAACUGUUAUGUUUAUUAAAAAUUGGGUUAACCCUAGCCGGACCAGGCACCCAGACCAUUUCAUUAAGCUGAAGUGGUCUGGGUGCCUAGAGUGGUCCUUUAAACUAGAUUAACUAUUGCACCUCCCUCCAUGUGCUGUUGCUUUAUACAUUUGGAUCCUCAAAGUUCUACAGGGUGGAGCACAUUGCUGGCAUUCAAAUGGUUAAGUGGGAUUCCAGCAUUUCUCAGUAAGAUUCUCUGUAGUGCUUUUUGAUUGGUCUUGAAAUUCCUUUAAAAGUGCUUCACUUAGUCAAUAGCCACCAGGCUAUAUUGGGACUACGGAUUUCAGUUAAAGGGUUCUAGCGCUGUUUAGUUAUGAUUUCAGAAGUACCGUGACCCAUUCCCCGGCAAUGGGGCAAACUGCUUGGCAAUGGUUUGCAUCCAUAAAGGGUCUACCAAUGAAAUGCUUUAAUGGAAAUGUUAAGUUACUGUUGCACAUCACAUACAUAUCUCAAGUAGGGCCUUAGAAAAGUUUGCCUGGGGCACAGCAAUUCCAAGAAAUCUUGUUUCGAUAAUUAUCUCAGAAUUCCCUGCUUGACAUUCACGUUAUCACAAUAUAGGCAUUAUGUUUCAGACUUUAUUUUGGCUUUCCGAAGACUCCUUUUGAACAUAAACUAACCAAGGAUGCCAUGAAUAAGAUUAAUUUUCAUGCCCUGGUGUUUUGAGAGUAAAUAAAUGUUAAAUUGACAUGAUGCCUGACUACCUGCUCUGGUGGGCAAUCAUAGAAAUGUAGCAAUUCCAUCACUCUGAAAAUGGGUGCAGCAUCAGCUUUGCGAUUAUAGAUGCCCUGUAAAUAAACUGCCAGUCUAAUCUCAUCACUUUUUUUUUUUUUUUAAUAUUAAGAUAUUUUUCAUGUAAUGUGUAGCAGAAUGGAUGCUCUAGCUACACUUUUGUUUGGCUGUUCGUACGGCUCCGUUCGUUUACUGAAUAAACACUGUGUGGUCUCCUUGUUCACACCUUUUAAUUACUGACCGCCCCUGGCUGUUAACCACAAAUUGGUUAAUAGUUCUUGUGUUCCCCUGUGUGGCCGCCGUUCGUAUAAUGUGUGUUCAAACAAUUGGCGGCCAUCUUGUUGCCCGAAUGUGGGCAUCGGUACAUGGUUGUCGACAGCGUGGAACUAAUUUCGAAUACACAAACCCGCAAGCCACUGCCCAUCUAACUUCCCGAACAGGUAGAACAAUGUUCGGGAGGCAUAAACUACCAAACAGGGGGAGCAUUCGUAUACGAACAGCCAGGGAAUAGAUUAGUUAUCAGUGUCCGUGCGAGAACCCCCGAAAGAUGACCGGUCGUUGCUUUGUUUUCUCUGGAACUGUUUUGGGGUAUCACCUCAUGGCCGACCGGUCAAAACUUUAUUUGAAUGGCUUUCCCAAGCCACCGAAGGGAUCUGUGUGAUAUUUCAUCAAAGUAUGCACUCAGAUCCAAGCUUUUCAGUGGGGUUCUGAAUUAUGAAGAUGCAUUUUUGGGGUGUUUUUAAAUUAUUGUAGAUUUUUCUGUACCUGUAUUUGAGUUAUAGACUUUUCUCACACAAUUAUCUCUCAGGGACAGUGGAUCUUGGGAGGAAAAGCCCUGUAUUUUUGUAUCCGACACCCCAUGUAGGGGUCUGUGCAUAAAAGCAGUGUGUGGCCAAAAUAAAACCAGCUGACUCCCAGAACUAUGUCUCGUCUAGUUGCUGGGGGGAAAGUGUUGUGGAUUAUUAUACUGCUUAUUUCAGCUAUGAGGACUGACUAGUGGAGAUACCUAUGUUACGUAUUGGAGCUCAGCUACAUAAUGCAGUAAACUUUUCUGCCCUGAAUAAUUUUCUUGUAUAUGUCCAGUGUAAUCAGUAGAGAUGCAACUUGUCUACUGAGCAUUCUCUGAUGUAAGAAUAUCUGUCUUGUUUCCCAUCUCCAGAUUGGACGGUCAACUGAAAGCCCGAUUGAUUUUGUGGUAACAGACACUGUUCCAGGAAGCCAGAGUAACUCUGAUACACAGUCUGUUCAGAGCACCAUUUCCAGAUUUGCCUGCAGAAUCAUAUGUGAAAGGAACCCACCAUUUACUGCACGGAUAUAUGCGGCAGGGUUUGACUCCUCCAAAAACAUUUUUCUUGGGGUAAGAGCACUUGAAAUACAUGUUAUUUAUGUACUGGAAAUCUACAAAGGACUUUUGCUUUAUGAAUUAUUCCCCCCCCCCCAUUCCUUACAGGAAAAAGCUGCCAAAUGGAAGACGUUAGAUGGACAGAUGGAUGGGUUGACCACAAAUGGAGUCCUCGUUAUGCAUCCACGCAAUGGAUUCACUGAAGACUCGAAGCCAGGAGUAUGGCGAGAAAUAUCUGUGUGUGGCAAUGUCUUUAGCUUGCGAGAAACUCGAUCGGCUCAACAGAGAGGGAAAAUGGUAUGCAUCAAGGGUGGUGCCAUCUUACAAUAUUCUAGAAUGUUGGUGCAAUUGCAAUUAAAAUAGUCCUAUCCUUAGGAUGGAUUUAAUGAUGAAACUGAAACGUUGACUAUUUCCAUUGAGCAAAUAUAAACUGUUAAAACUAACUUUUUGCUGGAAAAGGCGUGUGAGCAAGGCCGGUGCAAGGAUUUCUGCCGCCCUAGGCAAAGAUCCAUUUUGCCGCCCCCUCAUGUCACUCGCUGACCGAGACACAGGCGCUCGUUGACUCACUCACUGACGCACGCACACAGACAAUUACCAUCAAAUACUCCCCUCCCUGGGGUCCAGUGUGAGGCAGCUCCUCACUCCUCCAGCACGCCGUUUAGUAUGCCGGGGUCAGAAUGGCAUCACACAGAGCGCGCGAGGAAGGAGUGAGAGGCUGCUAGAACAGCUUGCCUCGCUGCCUGCAUUCUCCAUCCGCUCUACUCCUCCUCCUCGCCCCUCUCACCGGCAUUUAAUGGCAGAGUAGGCACCUGCCAUCAAGGUAAGCAGGUGCCUGCUCUGCCUUACCUAGUUUUGCAUUGGGGGCGCCCUGAGGUGUUCAAAUGGCCACCUCCUGGCCCCCCUGUGAUAGGGCUCCUCUCGGCGCCCCACCUUCGGGCGCCUUGAGGAGCGGCCCGGCGCUGGAGGCACAGACAGGGGGAGCCCACCAGGAAACAUCAUGGUGGGCGCACCCAGCAGGUCGGCGCCCUAGGCGAGUGCCAUCUAUACACUGGAUAUAUGGAGAUAGAUGGAUAUAUUGGUUAUUAUAAACUUUUUAAGGUUGAGCUAUUUUCACAUGAAUCUAUGUGUGGCAGCUUUUGACUAAAUUUUUAUCUUGUCAAGUUCAGAACAUACUGUUCCACCCAAAAAAAAAAAAUGUGAGCGCUUCAUGAUGAUUCAUCUUUAACAUGUUUUCUUUUACAUAACGAGACUGUUCUUUGACAGAUUGAGCUGCAAAGCCCUGGCAUGUGAAGGCAUUUCCUUUAACCACUUGACUGCUGUUUGGUAGUUUUAGGACUCCAGAUCGGUAGUGGCUGUCAGAGCGGUGUUGACACUUUCUGGUAACCAAAACAUUCAGAAAUUUAGAAAUCCUAUUCUGUCUUUAAAGGAACACUAUAGUGCUAGUGUGGCUGUUUAGGUGACCGUCCCACACAGAUCGUCCUGAAAUGGUGAAUUUGCUCACCUUUUUCUCCUACAUCAUGUUGGUCUUGCCCAGGCAGACCCCAAUCUUGAUGAUCUCCGCCAAUCCAAUGCUUUCCUAUAGGAUAUUGUGCAUGUGCGGUGGUGUAUUGAACAAGUGCAUCUCUAUGGUGAAUUCUCAGUGCCUCUAUGCAGAUUGUGGAGAUGCUGAAUGAAGGUGCUGCACACUGCAGCACUGACACAGGAAGCACCUAUUGUAGCCAACUAAAUGACUGCCACUAGAGGUGUUACUAGGCACUAAUGUAAACACUGCCUUUUGUCUGAAAAGUCAGAUUUUAUUUUUAAAAUCCUGCAGGGACAGGCUAUAGACACCAGAACUACUAAAUUAGUGUCCCUUUAAAAGGACUGGUUUUUUUUUUUUUUUUUUCCUCAAGUCUAAGGUUUGUAGUAUGAUGCCGAAUUUUACAGGAGCAUGUUUUUCCCAGUUUUUUCUUCAGAUGUGUUUGUCUCUACCAUGCUGAUGAUUACCCCUAAGUACUGCUUCUUUGCUUCUGGAGAUGUCAACCAUAUUUAUUCUCUGCUCGAGGCAAUACCUAUUUGGGAGUUUCAGAAUCUCUUGAUUGUAGAAGUUCUUUCAAUAACUUGUACUGUAUUUUGGUUUCUGAAGGCCUGUGGGUGGGCAUUUUGAUGUGCCUUAGAAGCAGUCAGCAACACAUUUUAAACAGUUGCCCAAAAACUUAUAGAAUGUAUUUUCUAUUCCAUUUGUGGAGUGCAUUAACGUUUUUUUGUUUUUUGUUUUUUUUUCUUCAUUUUUCUAUAUUAACCAUUUGGAUGGCUAGCUAGGCAUAAUAGAAAAACAUCCCUAAAGUUUCAUAAAAUAUCGAAUAGUCACCAGUGAACUGGCAGGCUCUUAUUCUAGUAAAUGAGGCUGUUAAUGAAGAUCUAACAUGAUUCAUGUAUUGUAAAAACUUCCUUCUUGCCUGGUUAUUCUGUGCAGUUGGCCGAGAGGCAAAUUUGAGUAUUGUGUGGGUGUGUGGGUGUGUGUGUGUGUGUGUGUGUACAACAUGGGGCAGAUGUUAGUGGCUCAUGUUAGUGACUCAUGUUUGUGAUUUCUGAUUUUUCAGGUGGAAAACGAAAGCAAUGAACUUCAGGAUGGUUCCUUGAUUGAUUUAUGUGGUGCAACAUUGCUAUGGCGCACUGCAGAAGGCCUUUCCAGAACUCCAACUGUAAAACAUUUGGAAGCCCUGAGACAGGAAAUCAAUGCAGCAAGGCCCCAGUGUCCUGUUGGAUUUAACACACUUGCAUUUCCUAGUAUGAAAAGAAAAGAUGUUGUCGAUGAGAAGCAGCCAUGGGUUUAUCUGAGCUGUGGUCAUGUUCAUGGUUACCACAACUGGGGAAACAAAGAGGAGCGAGAUGGGAAGGAUCGGGAGUGUCCUAUGUGCCGCUCAGUGGGGCCGUAUGUUCCUCUUUGGCUAGGUUGUGAAGCUGGAUUUUAUGUUGACGCUGGCCCUCCAACUCAUGCCUUUAGCCCAUGUGGACAUGUGUGUUCAGAAAAGACAACUUCCUAUUGGUCUCAGAUUCCACUUCCUCACGGUACUCACACCUUCCACGCUGCCUGUCCUUUCUGCGCCCACCAACUUGCAGGAGAACAAGGUUACAUCAGACUAAUUUUCCAGGGGCCUCUAGACUAGUGACUUUUUAGAGUUCAAAACUGUAUAAGCUAAAAAAGGAUUAAUUUGCUUAACCUCGGUCUGGGACGUUCCCAAGACUUUGGUGAGUUUGAGUUAAAGGACACUACUGGCAUUUGCUAGGUUUGCUCUAACACAAAAAAAUCUUUUUAGGAUUUUCUCCUUUCAGACAUUUAAAAAAAUGGGAUUUAUGCAGAUAUGAUUUCAAUGCCUUCAUUAUUCUGAAUGACCACCUCAGUAUUAAGUUAUUGUGUGAAACUGGGGAGACUACUGUCAGCUCAAACUACAUUAGUUUACAGUUCAACACUCCUUGUAAAAUAUGGCAUAUAUAUAUAUAUAGGUUUUUUUUUUUUUUGGUUUUUUUUUUAAUAUAUAAAUUUCUUGUUUAGUAUGGAAAAUGCCCUAAUUAGUUGAAGAACAGUGGUGGUUGUAUAUUGUGGGCUUUAACUGCUCAAAGUAGCCCAGGGUCACAACAUUAAUGAAACAGAGGCGAAGUGGUUUUUUUUUGUUUUUUUGGCUUUUGUUUCUUUUGGAGGGAGGGGUUCCCUUUUAAUUUUUGUUUUCAGUGAGAGUGCAUAUUUUAUAAGAGUAUAUGAUCAGUUUUGAAGAUGCCUCAUUCUGGUUAGUAAAUACGCACUACGGUUUUUUUUUUUUCCCCUUUUUUUCUUUUCUUGACCUCUCUUCCACUUCAGAGUAACUUUCUUUGGAUCAACUUGUGACAUUUCAGGUUUUUAUUUAUCUUGAAAGAUUUUUAAUCAUGUUCAUAUUGUUUAAUGUAAAUUACGUAUAUUUAAUCUGAGGAAUCAUCCCAUUGGUUGGAUGAAACCCAGAAGUGACUCCUUCAGAAAACCUUUAUUAUCAGGUGUUGUGUUGUAGAACGUCCAUAGAAGGCUUUAAGAUUUUGUUAUUGUAUUGAACACCCAAGCCCAUUACCAUAAACAUUUGAAUAGAUUUAUUCAAGGAGAAAGUCUAUAGGGUUGGAUCUUUCCUUUCCUGCAUGUUUCUCUAAUUGGUAGCAUAGCAUUAGCUUUAAAACAUGUCCGUCCAGUCACCUGUCGACAGGUAAAAUACUUUUUUUUUUUUUAAAAAAAACAACAAAAGUUUAAAAAAAUUAUAUGGGUGAAGUGUAUUUGAUCUUUUAAAAUAUUUAUUUUCCCUUUGAUACAAACUCAGGAAAUCUACAUGGACAGGUGAAAUCUGUAUAUGCUGGUUAGCAUAGCUUGCAGAUGGGGUCCGUGUUUCAGAUCUGCAUUUAGCAAACAGUGAUGCUAUAAUUUGAUAUUCAUGCAGGACUUAGAAGUUUGUAGAAUGAAGACCAGAAAUGUACUUUUUAGUGAUUGAACCCCUUUUUUUGGUACACCCAAGAGCUGCUCUCUGCUGAAAAGUGUAAAUAACCUGCAAAUGUUUAUAUAUUUUUAUUUUUUUUUUAUUUAUUUUAUAUAUUUCUUUUUUUUUUUUGUCCAAAUUGUCAGAUGUAGUUUAUUCGAUCUACAACAUAUAAUUUAUUCAAACACCCCGGAAAGUCCUGGCUUAGAAUUAUGUUUGUGAAUUAUACAAGCAGAUAGGCAGAGCUUUUAUUUACGUUUCUAUGUUAUUGUUUUUGGAGGGGAGGUGGGGGGACUUUGGGUUAAAAACUCAUGAUUUAUAUAAAAAGACAAAUUUGUCUACUAUGCAUUUACUUACUGCAUAAAAGAUUGUGAUUGUAACUGUCAAUUAAUUUGUUUUCCUCUUGCUUUCUGUGACGGCUGUGAAAAAAAUUAUUUGGAUAUGUAUCUUAAAUUAUGCAAAUUCUGGUCAGCAUUAGUAUGCCUUUUUUGUUUGGAUUUUUUUUUAUAAUUUUUUUGUUCCUGAUUACACUUGCAGCCUGUACAUUGGUGAAUGUGUCUCUGCAUUUUAAUGAGAUAUCAGGAAUAUCUUCUGUAUUAGGUGGAGCCUUUUAUUUUACACGUUUUUAAAGCAUUCCUUUCGAUGAGAACUCUUGUUUAGAGCUAAGCCAUAAAUGGGGCCCUUUUGUUCAGAGCAUACUAUGUAUGGAACCUACAUCAAAAAUCAAUAUAAAUGGGGCAGUUAUUGAGGAAAUUAAGUAUAUUUGCGUAUUAAAUGAAUUAUGUGAAACUUGAUGAUUAUCUGAAAGCGUCCACUUUUCUUAACUGUUUAAAUAAAUAUACCAUGUUUAAUUAUUGGCCAUCCAAAAUGCAGUAUAAAAACCACAUUAUACAUUGCAGUCAAUUGAGGGGACACCACUUCAGGGUGCAAAAGGCCACUGUUUUCCAGUGAAGGGUAGAAGAAUGACUGGUAAUGGAAUUUUAAAAAUCCUGCUGUAAAAAGGUAAUAUAUAUCUGGAACAGAUUCCCAAUGGUAGCAAAAUAAAUUG